GUGACCUUCCCACUUCAACCAAUCGGAACCGCGGGAGGGUGAGUGACCGCACCAGGCCUGAACCUCACUAUCUAUAACCUGCUCCCCCAUAAUGCACUGCUCUAUAUAACCUGCUCCCCCCAUACUGCACUGCUCUAUAUAACCUGCUCCCCCAUAAUACACUGCUCUAUAUAACCUGCUCCCCCCAUAAUGCACUGCUCUAUAUAACCUGCUCCCCCCAUAAUACACCGCUCUCCCCCCAUAAUGCACUGCUCUAUAUAACCCGCUCCCCCCAUAGUGCACUGCUCUAUAUAACCCGCUCCCCCCAUAGUGCACUGCUCUAUAUAACCUGCUCCCCCCAUAGUGCACUGCUCUAUAUAACCUGCUCCCCCCAUAGUGCACUGCUCUAUAUAACCUGCUCCCCCCAUAGUGCACUGCUCUAUAUAACCCGCUCCCCCCAUAAUGCACUGCUCUAUAUUACCCGCUCCCCCAUAAUACACUGCUCUAUAUAACCCGCUCCCCCAAUAAUGCACUGCUCUAUAUAACCUGCUCCCCCAAUAAUGCACUGCUCUAAACGUGUCCUGUGCUAUCUGGCUCCAAGACAUUAGCAGCAGGUCCUUAUAGGGGACGCUAUAGUCACCAGAACCACUACAGCUUAAUGUAGUUGUUCCAGUGUGUAUAGUAUGUCCCUGUAGGCAUUUAUGUAAAACACUGCUUUUUCAAAUAAAAGGCAGUGUUUACAUUGCCCCUUAGGGACACCUCCAGUGGCAGUCACUCAGGCCGCCACUAGAGGUGCCUCCUGGGUCAAGGUGAAGCACUUACAUUCAGUGUCUCUACACUCUGUAUGUAACGUUCACUAAGGAACCCCAACACGCAGACAGGACAGAGUAGAGAGAAUUGCAAUACCGAUCCUUAGAAUGGUCGGAUUAUGCAAAAAGGGAUAGUGAAAACACGAGUCGAGUUCAAGGUACUCUGAGAGACGGAAUAACGAGAGACAAAGCCAAAUAUUUCCAGGAAGUUCAAAUAACAAGUACACCACUCAAUGGUAAACCAAAGACCUCAACAGGGCACUGAGGAAAGGGAGGGGUUAGCUUAUAUACACACAGGGUGUGUCUGAUUGGCUAAUCUCCAAUUAGUGUUAAUCAAAACACGUGGGAGGAGUUUCUUCCCUCCCUUGUGAUCUCUGAGGUCAUCACUGUGUGCCGGGUCACAUGACCGGGUGCAGCACACAUAUAAGGAAGCUGCUCUGGAGCGUGCAGCGUCAGACAAACUGCCAGUCUGGAGACAGGGAUCAGAUGGCGCCGCUUGCUGUGAUGAGGUAAGCAAGGUCGCUGCGCAUGGGGCAGGGGACCUGGCACUGUAUGGAGAUGCUUUGAUUCAAUGCAUCUCUAUGAGGAGAUGCUGAUUGGCCAGCGUGGAAUUUGGCUCUUCCUCCUUGGCUGAGAUCUUUAAAAUUUACGUUUAUGCUUAUUUAAGUGAGGGCAGCCACCUAGCAUGGUAUAGGGUCAGGAAUACAUGUUUGUAUUUCUAACCCUAUAGUGUUUAUUUAAAGGACCACUAUAGGCACCCAGACCACUUCAGCUUAAUGAAGUGGUCUGGGUGCCAGGUCCAUCUAGGAUUAACCCUUUUUGCUGUAAACAUAGCAGUUUCUGAGAAACUGCUAUGUUUACAUUAGGGUUAAUCCUGCCUCUAGUGGCUGUCUCGUUGACAGCCGCUAGAGGCGCUUCCGCGCUUCUCACUGUGAUUUUCACAGUGAGAAGACGCCAGCGUCCAUAGGAAAGCUUUGAGAAUGCUUUCCUAUGGACUGGUUGAAUGCGCGCGCCCGAUGACGGCGAAAAGGAGGAGGAGAGUUCCCCGCGCUGAGGGAGCCGGGCUGGGGAAAACAGGUAAGAUUUAACCAGUUCCAUCCCCUAGAGUCCGGCGGGAGGGGGGGACCUAGAGACCCUAUAGUGCCAGGAAAACGAGUAUGUUUUCCUGGCACAAUAGUGGUCCUUUAAGUCCUGCAAGUAGUGAGGUGGGACCUCCAUGGAUCGGAUUUGUUGUUCCAGCACAUCCCACAGAUACUCAAUCAGAUUUAGAUUAUUAUUUUAUUAUUUGUAUAGUGCCAUCAGAUUCCGUAGCGCUGUACAAUGGAUAUCUGGGGAAUUUGGGGGCCAAGGCGGCUCCUUGAACUCUGUGAAAUGUUCCUGAAACCAUUCCUGAACAAUUUUUGCAGUGUGGCCGGGUGCAUUAUCUUGCUGAUUAUCGCUGCAAUCAGGGAACACUAUUGCCAUAAUGGGGUGUACGUCUGCAACAAUCUCUAGUUAUGUGGUAUGUGUCAAAGUAACAUCCACAUGAAUGUCAAGACCCAAGGUUUCCCAGGAGAAUAUUGUCCAGAACAUAACACUGCCUCCGCCGGCUUACGUUUUUCCCAUAGUGCAUCCUGCUACCAUCUUUCCCCAGGUAAACAACACACAUGCACCCAGCUUUCCACCUGGUCUAAAAAAAAACAUGAUUAGUCGGACCAGGCAACAUUCUUCAAUUGCUCCAUGGUCCAGUUCUCAUGCUAUGUUCCCAUUGAAGGCACUUUUGGCCAUGGACAGGAAAUGAAAGGCAAUCUGGCUGGUCUGCAGCUAUGCAGCCCCUGAAAUGCACUGUGUGUUCUGACACCUUUAUUUCACGGCCAGCAUUAAGUUUUUCAGCAGUUUGGGCUACAUUAACUCUUCUGUGUGAUUGAACAAGAUUUGAUAGACUACAUACAUAUGUAUCAAUAAUCCUUAGGUGCCCAUGCCCCUUUAGCUGGUUCACCAGUUGUCCUUUUACGUCCUGUCUACUUUUGGUAGGUACUAACCACUGCAUACUCAAAACACACUACAAGACUUGCUGUUUUGGAUAUGCACUGACCCAGUCGUCUAGUCAUCACUAUUUGGCACUUGACGAAGUUGACAGGUUCCAUUGUAACAAUAUAAUCAAUGUUAUUGACUUCACCUGUCAGUGGUUUUAUAGUUCGGACUGAUUAGUAUAACUAAAAAGAAGAAAAUAGUCACCAGAACCACUAUAGCUUAACGUAGUUGUUCUGGAGUUUGUAUCCUGUCCCUGCUUGCUUUUCAGUGUAUACUCUGUCUUUUCAAAGAAAAGGAAGUGUUUACAUUACUGCCUAGGGACACCUCUAAUGGCAGUCACUCAGAUUACCACUGGAGAUGCUUCCUAGUAUAGUGCUGCCACAUUAGAACUGUAGUGUCAGGAAUACGUAUUUGUAUUACUGGUAGUAUUGUAUUCCUUUAAUGUUUUCAGUGUGCCUGUUUUGGGUUAUUUACUAAACUUUAAUUCCAAAUGGAAAAAAAAAUGUGAGUUGGAGAAAUCCUCCAAUUCAUAGCUUUACUAUUUUUGCUUUUGUUUUGCCAUUCAAAAUUAAUUUGCGAAAAUUCAGAGUUUGGUGAAUAACCCUGUCUGAUUUUCCAACAAAUCAUUUAUUAGCAGUAUUCAGUAUAGGAUUUAGAUGUCCUCAAUGUUCUCUCAAACAACAUGGAAACAAACAUGCAGGACUGCAACUGCACCAUAACCACUGCAAUAGGCUGUAAUAAUGCUGAUGCUUUGUGUCCCUUUAAGCAGCAGAGGUUUAGUCAGCUCACUGAAGUCCGUAAAAUCCUAACUACUGAUGAAAGGUCAUUACAGCCAGACGCUGUAGCAGGAAAUCUUUGGGCUUGAAGUCCACAUUUGCCAUCUACACGAUUUGUUUAACUGAGAAUUUCUACUAUUAUUUUUUAAUUUCUAUUAUUCUUUUUUCGUCAGUUAGCAACAGAAACUAUGGCUCAAGAAAUUCAAGAUGUCAUUGUUGUUGGUUCCUGUAUGACGGAUCUUGUCAGGUUGGUAUAAUUUAUAUUUAACAGUCUUUAUUAUUAAAGCACAGCUGUGCUGUGUGUUCCCGUUGUUUAUUUUAAAAAGUUAGCAAUCUGACUAUUCUUCAAAGAAUCUGUUUGUAAUGCCCCAUGACAUCAGAGCCCUGUUUCAUGUUCUCUUGUCGUAGUUUUCUGUUAUGUCCCUACACAUACCGUGAUAGUGGCAAAGUAACAUCUAAAUUGCAAAAUGGGCUCCAAGGCAGCUGAACUUGAUUAUUAUUUUAAUUCAUCUUAUUUGGGUUUUCAGUUUGCUGCAAUACAUAGUGUAAUCGCACAGGAACCAUGGCCUUGGCUAGGGCUGCUGGGUCUACUAUGUUUAACUGGAUUCUAUAUGUUAUAAAUAAAGCACGCUGCCUCGUAGUGUGUAUUAUUCAUUUGCUGCAGGAUUCCUCUUUGAUUUAUGUAUACAUAGUGCAGGGGAGCUUCUUUCUUGUACUGCCCUCCAGUAUGUGUCCAGGAAAACAUGCAUCUGACAGCCCUAGUCGUGUCCGUUUGACCUUUUGUCUGACGAAGGUCUAUCGAACUAAUGAAGACAUUUAGUCAGUAAUUUUAGUUGUAGUUUUUAUCACUAAUGAUUUGUUCCCUGAAGUAGUGUGCUGAUAACAGGCUCUAUAUAAAAUCUGAACACAUUAGUUUAACUCUAGAUUCCGUACACGAUCAGUCUAGAAUUACAGGUUAAUUUUAAAAAAAAAUUCCAGCUCUGUGAGUUUAAAUGUUGCUAAUGUGAGUUUUUAAAUCACUGCGUAUUAUAAUGAAUUGUACAUUUCAGGGUAAAUGGGCAGGUUUUUAGGGGGUUAUGUAUUAAGUGUCUGUUCUGAAAAUUGGUGUAAACAUGGAAAGGAGCCGGAGUCACCAAUGUAAAAUACCUGCCGGUUACACUGGUUUCCAUGGUGACUGCCCCACUUUUAGUAUACUUUCUAUACAUAACCCCCUUAUUGUCAAGUAGUCUGCCCUGGAUUCUACACCCGUUUGUAAGUGCUUUUCUUGCAUGUAUGCCAUCGUUAUAAUCCAUGUUUGAAUACAGAUAACUCAAUAAGGACAUCAUACACAACCUAGAUAAUUCUAGAAAGACCUCGGAGUUGGAAGCACAGAAUCGUUCAGCAUGGUCGCUGUCACCAUAUUGUCUAUGAUUAUCAUAGUAUUUUGUGCAACUCACCAGUUAUGGAAGGUGAUUGCAUGAUGCUCCUGUUGAGCAGUUCUUGUUCUAAAUUUGCUUCCAAAGACAGUUUGAAACACUGUAGUAAGUGGUGUAAUCAAAGACAGACUAUUUUGUGCAUACUGUGCCUUCAACAAUUAGUUCUUUCAUUCUAUAGGCUUAGGUGGCGUUGAAUCCUUAAACCUGGAAAAUUGUUGUCUUAUCCUUGCAGGAAGCCACUGAGCAGUGAAGUGUGGGUCAGGAUAGAGAGAGAUGAGGGAGUGGUUGAAUGUGGUUAGGACGGGAGAUAUAUUAAAUAGAGGUCAGUUCAAAAGAUAUGGUAAAUAGCGGUCAAAGAGAUAUGGUAUAUAGAGGUCAGGUAAAGAGAUAUGGUAAAUAGAGGUCAGGUGGGGAGAUAUAGUAAAUAGAGGUCAGGUGGCGAGAUAUGGUAAAUAGAGGUCAGGUGGCGAGAUAUGGUAAAUAGAGGUCAGGUGGCGAGAUAUGGUAAAUAGAGGUCAGGUGGCGAGAUAUGGUAAAUAGAGGUCAGGUGGCGAGAUAUGGUAAAUAGAGGUCAGGUGGCGAGAUAUGGUAAAUAGAGGUCAGGUGGCGAGAUAUGGUAAAUAGAGGUCAGGUGGCGAGAUAUGGUAAAUAGAGGUUAGGUGGCGAGAUAUGGUAAAUAGAGGUCAGGUGGGGAGAUAUGGUAAAUAGAGGUCAGGUAAAGAGAUAUGGUAAAUAGAGUUCAGGUAAAGAGAUAUGGUAAAUAGAGUUCAGGUAAAGAGAUAUGGUAAAUAGAGGUCAGGUAAAGAGAUAUGGUAAAUAGAGUUCAGGUGGCGAGAUAUGGUAAAUAGAGUUCAGGUGGCGAGAUAUGGUAAAUAGAGUUCAGGUGGCGAGAUAUGGUAAAUAGAGUUCAGGUGGCGAGAUAUGGUAAAUAGAGUCAGGUGGCGAGAUAUGGUAAAUAGAGUUCAGGUGGCGAGAUAUGGUAAAUAGAGUUCAGGUGGCAGGUGGCGAGAUAUGGUAAAUAGAGGUCAGGUGGCGAGAUAUGGUAAAUAGAGGUCAGGUAAAGACAUAUGGUAAAUAGAGAUCAGGUAAAGACAUAUGGUAAAUAGAGGUCAGGUAAAGAGAUAUGGUAAAUAGAGGUCCGUUAAAGACAUAUGGUAUAUAGAGGUCAGGUGGGGAGAUAUGGUAAAUAGAGGUCAGGUAAAGAGAUAUGGUAAAUAGAGAGAUAGGGAUGUGGUUGUAGUCUGAGGAAGUCAGGUUGAGAGAGAGAGAGACAGUGAUGAAUAAAGGGAGGUCAGGCAGAGGGGGAUGCAGUUAGUAGAGGUUAAUUAAGUAGAGGGAAAGUGGUAGAGUGAAUGGGAAGUUGGUUGGGGCCGUGUGCUUAAGGAAUCGGGUAUGGGGGUUAUAUACAUGGACAGCAUGUAGUGUGACUAGAGUAUAGAGUCUUAACGUCAAAUCUGCAGCUCCAAUAGAGGUUAACAGUGAUUUAGCAGUCUGAAUGCUCCAAUAACGCUGUGCUCACUGCUUUCCGUUGGAUGGCAAACUGAUUAAGCAAUGGAUGUUCACACCAUACAGAUACUCCAUAUGGAUAACAAGGAAGUGAAACACUCAUUAUGAUGGCAGAGGGACUGGGCCCAGGAAAUCCUCCUUUUUUUUGCCAAACUGCUAGAAAAUUGUGUGGCCAAAAUGUAGGGAUUUUACCCAUAGCACCCAGGCACCACGUCCUCUAUAAUAGGCUGUAUUACUUAUCAUGCUGGGAGUGUCUAUUUAAUUUACCUAUCACACAUGUUAAUAUAGUGCAUCUAAUUUCCUCAUUUUUCAUUAUUUCCAUCACAAAUAAGCACAGACAAAAAUGCACACAACACGGGUUAAAUUAUCUCUGCCAUUCUAGAUUCUGUGGACUUCAUUUACCAUAAUGCUUUGCCAGCAAGGGAAUGGAGGGACAUCAUGGGUGAUGCAGGCAGUAGUAUGUGAAUGAGGAUUCCUCCAUCUGGUUUAGAACAUCCUUAUAAAACCUUACGUCUGGCAGGCUGGCUGCAUUCUUGAAUUCGAGCCACAAUAGAUUAUUUAGGUAAUUGUCCUGCAAGCACCAGUCAUGAGGUCAUCCCUAACUAGUGUUUAUCACACUUAAUGCUAUAGCAACAGACUAUGAAGUCAUCCGCUUGACUCUACUUGUUUCUUGGCCAAAUAUAAAGAUGCUUUGCCCCUAAAAAAAAACACUUUAAAGCAAGCCAGAAGCAUGGAAAGGUUUUAUUCAAAUCCUCAGGAGAUUUGCCACAGAGUUGAUGAAAUUUGUAGGAAUUGCAUGCUCCGCACAACUAAUGUGAAAGCCCCAAUAUCCAGCUUGAACCAUGUGGACGAGCCUGGUUUGAACAGAGCUCGGCAAUAUCCUCCUUGAUCUGUCUAAUUCCCCAUGUAAAUGGAGGGCUCUAAGCAUGGAAGUAACCAAAAUUAAAUCAAUUAGCAAUAUUGGCAGUGAAAGAGUCCUUCAAACAAAACAAUGCAUUGUGGGAAAACUUGCACAGAUGGCAUACUAUCAGACUGAAGUGUCCAUUGCUCUAACCAUUUGUACAGACCACGUUUCUCGUGCUUACCUUUAAAAGACAAUAAAUGGGACUUUUCAAUUUUGUGUAGUUUAUAAAUUCUGUAUUCCCUCCCGUUUACAGCGUUUCCUUGUGAGGCCUUGUUACAGUUGUAUUCUCUUGGAUACAUGAACACAAUCUGUGGAAUAAUACUGAAAGUGGCAGACAUAUUUCUUUUACAGUCGAUUACAGAUAGUGACCUCUAUUUCAAUAUACAAAUACAUUAUUAUUGAACAAAUUGCUUUGUCUAGGGCAUUUUCCAAACCACUUUAUUGCUUUGUUGCAGUCAGCAUUGCCAGUGAUUCAGCUGUCACCUGGUGUUAAAGCAUAAUGGCUGCCAUGUAGUAUUAUAUGUUACUGAAUGCAUAUAACUGCCUGGAAUUAUUGACUUUGGUCAGGCUGCAUAGUGAGGUUAAUUAUAUCAUGCACAGGCAGGGAGACUUUUAAUAUAAUUCUGGUAUAUUUAGCACAAUUUGUUUCAUUGUUGAAACAGCUGUGACUAAAGUAUCCAACUAUUUAAUUUCUGCUAAAUCUCACGGCCAUUACGCGAUCCUAAUUCUCCUUGAGCUUUCUUCUGCCGUUGACACUGUUGAUUAACAGCUUCUUCUCAUUCUCUGUAAUCUCGGUCUACGAGAUACUGCUCUCUCCUAAUGCUCCUUCCCCUCUCUCAGCUCUUUUUCAAUGUUUCUUUCUCUGGCUCUGCCUUUUCUCCCAAACCCCUCUCUGUUGGCAUUCCCCAAGGUUCUGUACUUGGUCCCCUACUGUAUCUAUACUGCCUCCUUUGGUAAACUCAUCAGCUCCUUUGGCUUCCAAUAUCAUUUAUAUGCAGAUGACACAAAUCUGCCUGUCCUCUCCUGAUCUCUCUCAUUUUGACUUGUGUCUCUGACUGCAUCUCUACGAUUUCCAACUGGAUGGCUGCUUACUUCCUUAAACUCAAGCUGCCCAAAACAGAACUUCUGGUCUUUCCUCCAUCAAGUGUUGUUACUCCUGUGUCUGUCUCCCUCCACGUUAAUGGUGCUACCAUCAGCUCCACCACGCAGGCUCGCUGCCUGGGUGUUCUCUUUGACUCCGACCUCUCCUUACCCCUCAUGUCCAGUCGAUCGCAAAAUCCUGCCGCUUCCAUCUCAAACAUAGCUCACAUCAACCCCUAUUUAACUCCAGACGCUCAUUUUCCUGUCCAACCGCACCUCCACACCUCGCCCCUCUGUCAGUCCCUACAUUGGCUUCCAGUUAGAUAUAAGGCUCAAUUUAAGAUUCUGGUGCUUGCUUACAAGUCCCUACAUAAUACCAACCUACCUAUCCUCCCUAAUACACAAGUAUGUCUCGUCUAGGCCCUUGCGCUCUGCCAAGGGCACAAGGGCCUUCCACAUCUGAUGCUCACCUCCAAGACUUCUCCAGGGCUGCAGCUUUUCUGUGGAACUUCCUUUCCUUCUCCGUUAGACUUUCACCCAGUGUCCACUCCUUAAAAAAAUCUUUGAAAACACACUUCUUAAGGCAAGCAUAUCAUAUAAACUAUUAGUGGGUUUUUAUCCCCCUCAACCCCCCAUGACUCCUCUCCUGCAACUGUGAAAUAUAAAUAAUAACUAAUAAGUUCUCAGUGAAUACUUUUCUAUCAACCUAUUUUAUUACCCCUACUUAUACCCUUUGUGUCACUAUACCCCACUCCCUCUAGCAUGUAAGCUAAGUGAGCAGGCCCUCAACCCCUCUGUUUCUGUGCAUCCAUUUGUCUAUUUACAUCUGUUAGUCCACCCAUUCUACGGAAUUUGCUGGCGCUAUAUAAAUAAUAAUAAUAAUUAACACAUUUGUUCAGACAAAUAAAGAUAUUAGCUCUCCACAAGGUUCAAAGUCCUCCCAUCAUAUUCUUCAUAUUCUGUGUGCUUCUGUCUUAUUUCGUAGUAUAACCCCUCGUCUGCCGAAAGCUGGAGAAACAAUCCAUGGCAGUAAGUUUUUUAUUGGUUUUGGAGGAAAAGGUGCAAAUCAGUGUAUCCAGGCAGCGCGACUCGGAGCCCAGACAACCAUGGUUUGCAAGGUAAUGGAGAUGUUGUGUGUACAGUAGAGAAAAUUAUAAAACAUGGAUACCCCCAAGAGACCUGGAUUGCUAUUUUGGAGACUCCAUGAUUGCUUGUAGGCAAGCAAUGUGUCAGGCAGAAUGGGGGAGGGGGUUUGCUGGCAUUCUCUACCUGGUUUAAAUAUCUAACCGUGCAAUUUCUACAUUGGUUUCAUUAAGACCAACAGAUCCAUGCGCCACACAUUCAGUGUUUCCACUGGUAGUAAUGGCAGACUCGGUGCCCGAAUGCCCCUUUGUAAGUUUCUAUAUUCUUUAAAUCUGCAUUAAGAAUACUUUAAAGAAGAAAUCAAUAUGAGUGACCAGGGAACUGGAUGGCUUUCCGUGGAGGUUUGCUCCAUCAAUAUUAUUUAAUAUAUAUGCUAUAUAUAUAUAUAUAUGCUAUAUAAUAGCAAGACAAGGACUCUGAAGCUCCUUACACCAUAACCAAAGCAAGGAACAUUGGCUGUUUGGAUGAUUGGGCUGUCUCUUUAAAUUGUACCUGUUAUAGUACACGGCCCACUAUAUACAAUUAAAGAUAAAAACCUUUUUAUCAGACGUGUAGAUGCUGUGAAUGAAAGAAAUAGUAAUUAUUUAGCAUAGUGGUCUGCUCAGAUGGCAAAUACUUCUACUAAUAACUGACAGUGAAAGCUGGAGAACCCUCCUACAGACAGUUCUUUUGCUGUCUGUCACUGUAACUAGUGCUGACAUGCAGUACUUGAUGUGAUUACUUAAAGGACCACUCUAGGCACCCAGACCACUUCAGCUUAAUGAAGUUGUCUGGGUGCCAUGUCCAGCUAGGGUUAACCCAUUUUUUCAUAAACAUAGCAGUUUAAGAGAAACUGCUAUGUUUAUGAAUGGGUUAAGCCUUCCCCUAUUUCCUCUAGCGGCUGUCUCAUUGACAGCCGCUAGAGGCGCUUGCGUGCUUCUCACUGUGAUUUUUCACAGUGAGAGCACGCCAGCGUCCAUAGGAAAGCAUUGUAAAUGCUUUCCUAUGAGACCGGCUGAAUGCGCGCGCAGCUCUUGCCGAGUGUGCGCAUUCAGCCGGCGGGGCGUAACGGAGGAGGAUCGGAGGAGGAGAGCUCUCCGCCCAGCGCUGGAAAAGGGUAAGUUUUAACCCCUUUUCCCUUUCCAGAGCCGGGCGGGAGGGGGACCCUGAGGGUGGGGGCACCCUCAGGGCACUAUAGUGCCAGGAAAACGAGUAUGUUUUCCUGGCACUAUAGUGGUCCUUUAACUAUCCAGCAUUUCUCGUGCUGGAGUAAUAUAGGAACACAGUGACACAUAUCAAUCAGUUCUAACUUGAAUCAGUGCAUCUCUAUGAGGAAAAUUCAGCGUCCCCAUGCAGAGCAUUCCUACUGUGCAGCACUGAGUCAGGAAGCACCUCCAGUGGCCAUCUGAGGAGUGGCCACUUGGACGUGUCCCUAGGGGCAAUGUAAACACUGCCUUUUCUUUGAAAAGGCAGUGUUUGCAUGAAAUUACCUGAAGGCAAUGAUUAUACUCACCAGAACAACUACAUUAAGCUGUCAUUAUUCUGAUGACUAUAGCGUCCCUUUAACCCCUUAAGGACACAUGACAUGUGUGACAUGUCAUGAUUCCCUUUUAUUCCAGAAAUUUGGUUCUUAAGGGGUUAAAGGUGAGAAGAAAGAUUUGCAGGGUACGCACAGCGCACUCCCCCAUAGACUGGAUAUACUUCUACGGGUCCACGUUCUCAGCUGUAUGACACUGAUCUAAUAAGCCAGGAUCUCCCAUACUAUAAAUAUACCGAUUCAGCUCAAUUCUCCAAACUAACAGAGCCAUCCACUGCUGAAAAUGUGAACUGGUUUGAUCGGUAUUUGACAUAUUUAUCGUCUGGUUGAGUGGAAAGCAGCUUUUUUUUCCCCAGAAAUGUUUGUUCUUUGUGUUUUGGAAAGUCUCCAGGCCUGCUGUGGAGCCUGCUGUUCCUGGUAUCUGCAUUUCUCCUCUGUGAAAUUCCACAGACCACGUUCUACCCCAGAAUAUUUAACACCUACUGUCCAAGGAGGCUACAUCUGGCACCUGCAGGAGAUAUUAUUAGAUUUUCUAAUAUACAUCCUGUCCAAGGAGGCUAAAUCUGGCACCUGCAGGAGGUAUUAUUAGAUCUUCUAAUAUACAUCCUGUUCUAAAAUAGUGAAUACCAUAUGACACACAUUCUCCGUAAAAAUUGUGUUUAUUUGUAAUAGAUAUUCCUGGCAGACAAUGGGUUGUAACUGUCGAGUAAAACUGCCAAGUGCUAUUAGCGCUGUAUUUUUAUAACUGGGUAUCUUAGAGAAGAGAAUGGAGAUUUGUUAGAUUCUAAGCUUGUGGGUCAGGUUUUUUUUGUGUCUGUUAAAAUGAAAUAGGUUGACUUGCUGCAGUGUUUGAGAGAAUUGGUCUGGAUCUUGGAGCCAAAAGAAAAUUGUAGUAGCCAGUUUUUGUUGAAGAGAGACGCUACUUUUUCAACUCACACAUCUUGUGCCACAUGGCACUCGUGCUGCACACAUCAAUUUUUUUUAUUUACUUUUUUUAGGAGAAGAACUCCCCUUUGCCUCACAUCUGGCACCACAUGGUACUAACACUACACCCAUCUCUCUCCCACCUAACAUGUAUGUGACAUGUUACAUGUGCCAUGCAACCUAUUGACAUAUUAUAAAGGUCACCUUUGCAAUAUUUGUUUAUUAGGACCUGUGACAGCAUACUCAGUCAAAUCAGGGUUUGCCAGAUAUCACUACUUACUCUUGCCCAAACUAAUACCACAAUGCUGAUAUUAAGGGUCAAACAACACUGGGGAAAGAAAGCACACAAAUAAAUAAUGGAAUAGAUUAUUUGAGACCUUGUGGGCUUUUCCGGCAUCAUGGGGAAUUAAACAUACCGUGUUUUAAUAAUAAUAAUAAUAAUAUAUGAGGAUAGCUUGAUGCUGGUUACUGCUUCCUCUGCAGGUUGGGAAGGAUUCAUUCGGGAACAAUUACAGAGAGAACUUCAAGAAGAACAAGGUGUCUACAGGUAAAUAUAGCAUAAAUAAAAUGGUAUGUGAUACAAUAAUUAAAAGGAGAACCUUCAGAGUCAAAUGUCAUUUUGUAUGAAACUCGGCCAAAAUCGUAUGUUUGUUUUUAAUGUUUUGAUUUGUUAAUUGCCUUUUGUGGCACACUUUGUAAGUUCAACAAGCUCACUGAAACCAGCAGGCAUUUUGAAUACGGUGUAAAGUUUCACCAGAAACUGCCUUGGAAAGCCGACAAGUUCUAGUUAUUAAAUAACGGAUUGACAGGCUAAAACUAGUAAAGAUAAAUUAUUUAUAUUUCCAAUGUCCAGGCUGCCUUAACAUUUAAAAAAAUCUGUGCUUAUUACGCCCAUCUAAAUCUUAAAUAAUGUCAAAAAUUGUACCCAAUUAUUAGUUUUUCUUGUCUGCCUCAUAAACCCAACCCAUUCUCUAAUCAUUUUUUAAUCCCCUACUUUUUUAACUAUAGGACAGGACCUCUUGUUCUAGCCAUCCCUAACUCUGCAGCAAAUGUCACAAAUCGGCCCACCAUACCCUUUCAUUCCUGUUACAACAUCUGGGACUUGUUUGGUAUUGCUCAGCCUUUUUAUCUUAGUAUUUUCUAUAAACUCUGGGUCUAGGCAUUGCCAAUAGGUAGAGCUCUAGCUUUUAUAGAAGUAAUAAUUACAUAUUUCUUUGAACGCCGUAAACAGUAAUAUGUGGUAGAUGUAGUAGUUCAUCAGCUUGGCAAGCCUCCUAUAGGCCAUUUCUGAUGUUUAAUCUCUAUCAAUGCAUUGCAUACCUGUCUACCUCUCAGGUCAUGUGCAUUAACACAGCUGAUUGGGUGAGUGCAUCACGAGUAUCAUUAGCAAGGUGCAUGCACACAGAACUGACACACCCUGCCCUCUUAUAAUCUCCGCCUUACACCCAAGUAGUAGAGAAUAUUGGUAUGUAAGCUAAGAGGGCUGGUGGAUUAUAUUGCAUAGUUUUUAUAGCUGUAUUCUCCCCAGAAGCAGUUUUUCAGUCUCUCUGGAGAACAUUUUCUCCUAGAGUCCAUUUCCAGCACAUCUGCUCUCUAUAAACAUACAUAAACGGGAAGAAAAGUCAUAAUUCUUCUUGGCUCUGUUUUCUUGGCUUGAAGUGGUUUAAGUAGAAUUUAUGUAAAAUAUUUUACUUUUACCAUGGUUUCUGUAUUCCAGUAUAUUUCUAAUUUUCCCAUUGCAGAUUUUGUUUAUCAGACAGAUGCGGCAGCUACUGGCGUGGCUUCCAUCAUUGUGAACAGCGAAGGUGAGUUCUUCCUCCUCUUCUUGGUACUCUCACAUGCUUCAUUCACACGGCCACCACAAACUAAUCAAAGUAGCACCUUUUAUAUUAUUAUCAUUAUAUAUAAAACUGCAGUAUAUUGCACUGCACUGCACUGCAUAAUGGGUGGAGUGAGACACAAGUUAAGAAGACAGAUUUAGUUAACAAGACAAGUGAACAUGAGGCAGUGAGGGUCACGCUUACAUGAACUAAACUGUAAGUGGAAAUGUCACUGAUGUCAUUUUUGUAUCACCUAAUAAUAAUCUGUUAAUUAAUCUAAAGAUUGUGCCUAUUUUACACCUUUAUAAAAAAAGUUCCUUAUUAUAUAGAUCAUAUAUCAGGGUGUCCGGGAUAUCAAUUUAUUUGCCAUGGUGUCUGUGUAUGUCACUAUGGAUGGCUUUCCUGAGAAUGGAGAACUGUCACAAUUAGAGAAGCAACAUUUCUUUGGUACGGUUUAAAUGGCGACUCCUGGCACAAAAAAUGCAUGACUGCAUCCAACUGGAAAAAAUGUAAAUGCCUGAUAUAUUGUUGGGGUUUUUUUUGGGUGGGGGGGGGUAGGGUAUGUGUAACAGAAGACAGGGUCGAGAUACUAGGAGGCUUUUAGCACAUUCAGAACAACCACUGUCAUGCAAAAUAAACUUAAUUUAAAAAAACAAAACAAAAAUAACAGUGAAUUGUGCCAAUAAAUGAAAACCACCAGAGCUUCACCAAGAGAAAACGACCUUAGAGCACUUCACUGACUAAGACCUUUUAUUAAAUCGACCCAUCUUCUGUCUACCCCAGAACACCCCUUCCCUUCCUUCCACUCUGUGUGCCACAUGCCGUCCACAGGGUGGUACAAUAUUCAUCUUUCCUCUGUGCCAGCUUUCUGAGUAGGGAUAUUAUUUCCUCUGGUACUUGACCUGAGACAGACCAGGAUGAUGAUUUGGUGAAGCUUACGGAGCUGUGCGAGAUCACUUGGGUAUUCUUGUAGAAGCUGUUCCAGUAGCUAAAGGGCAUUGUACGCCUGUGAGUCACAAAUAGAACCGUUUAAGUAGACAAUAACAUUUCUACUUGAUAAAUUAUUAGCAAAUACAAAUAUGGCAAAAAAUAUUCAUCAUAAACCUAUAAUUCGUCUUUGGGUAUGUGUGUGUACCUGAAACUACGUAUCUCAUAGCUGUGUCUAAUGACUCCCAUUUGGGCUGGCUGACUUCUUCUAGUGACACAUGUAGCACCUAGUAAUAAUGGUAUCUUCUGUCCCACAGGCCAAAAUGCUAUUGUGAUAGUCGCCGGUGCCAAUUUAUUGCUGGACUCUGGAGAUCUGUCAAAAGCUGCGGGUGCCAUUAGUGCAGCCAAGGUAAUGGUGUGCCAGCUGGAGAUUUUACCUGAGAUAUCGUUGAAAGCUUUGAAGAUGGCCCGUGCCAGUGGAGGUGAGAUCAAUCUGUUCCAUUUCCUAUAAAAUAUUGAUGGAUUUGAUCACAUGAAAUAAUUGUACUGUCCUAUAGUAGAACCCUUGUCUUUGUUGUCACAGUGAGUCUAAACUUCUCUCAUUGCAUCCCUAUAUUACUUUUCUCAAUUGAUGAGGAAUUAUUAAUAAACAAUGAAUGAUGAUGUUUUAGAAUUUGGGGUUAAAUAUUCUUUUUCCAAGAGUCAGGAAGGGAAAAAUGUGCACAGUAUGUGUCUGCCACACUCCAACUUUACUGCUUGGAAAUGAUGUAUUUUAAAAUAUCUGCACAUUGUUAUACAAUUGGUCCCUAAUGGGUUAAUGCAGUCAUUCUUAACCCCUGGGUCAGGACCCAAAAUUGCUGUUUCAGCGUUUGUUUUUUACUGGUACUGAUAGAUCAUAUUAAUCAGUCACCAAGUAACUAAAAAAAAUAAAAUUAUUUGGCUAAUGUAGCAGCACUGCCCUCCCCAGCGCAAUUAAAUCCGUUUGAUAUUGAGAAAUCAAAUGUUUAUUCUGAAUAAUUAGAAUGGCGUGUCAAGAUAAUACAAUGUGAAAAAUUUGGCUGAAAAAUUGUAAAAUCUUACUUUUAAAUCUGUUUUUUUACAAAUGAGAAAUGGGCCAAUUAAGUUAAUGACGUGCAAAAUUUGUGUCCAUGACAGAAUCACAGGGAUAGAGCAGCACUAUCAUUUUAUUUUCCCCGUCCUUAUCGCUAAAGAUCAUAAGAGCAACAUAAGAAAACGUACUGGCCGUCUUAUCCCAUGUGUUAAACAAAAAUCAAGGUGAAUUUAAAAAAUGCAAAAAAUCCCACAAAGUGACAGUGCUGCUUUCAUGUGCUUAAUUGGAUCCCAAAGCGAUAUUAUUACUAAAACGUGAAUGGAUAUUUUUUUUUUUUUGGUGAAUAUAAUUUUUAUUUAUAUUUAUAUUACUUACGUAUAUGUCGGAGACUCGCAGGUCUCUGAGGUGAGUAGUCAUAAUUUUUAGAAAACAUCAAUGUAUGUUUGGGCUCGCAGGCCCCAUGUUGACGGACUUGCAAGUCCCUAUUUUCCAGAUUCACAAGUAACUUCAUGUACAUUUUACCAUCUGCCAUUUAUUUUACUAAUUAAAUCGUGUUUAUGUGAUUUAUAUGAUUCAUGUACAGUAGCCGGGAUUCGUGUUACAUUUGUGUUGAGGUUCGCAGACCUCUUAUCCAACCUUUAUUGUUAGGCGACGUUCCGGUCCCUACAUCUUAUGUUGGGUAUUGUGUCUUUAGCAGACUUAUGUGAGCCUCCACUUAGUGUCCUGGAUGUCGUGUGUAUGGGGUACGGUGUACCCGUGUUGAGAGGUUUAUGGCUCAUAUUUCGGGAAGGUGUGAUUGUAGCUUGUUGCUGUCCUCAGGCUAUUUUGUGAUUAUCCCGUCUGCUCGGCCCAUGUUCCAGUAGGAUCGUGUCUCUUGGAGGUUAUGGGAUGUGUGUGAACCCGUAUGGGUUUUUCAUUCAGGGCACUAGUGUCUCCUCUAUAUGUAUUGAUUUCUGCUUUGGUUGGGGUAUUGUCCUGCGUGGGUCUUUAGAAGAGAGGGGGUAGGGAAAGUCGGGGUUAGGGUGGGGAGGGGGGUGUCUGUAGUCAUUGUCUUCCGUCAUCUGUCGUCCAGUGGGUGUUCUAAGUCCUAACUGUCCGUGGUUUGGCGUACGUCUGUUCCGAGUUCCAUUUGGAAUCCUUCCUUCGCUGUCUCUAGGAUCCAAUAUGUCCAAAUGUCCAUGUAGGACUUUGGGGUCACGUUAGUCGUCAUGGUCAGUUCCUCUGUUAUUCUGAGUUCCUCCAUUUGGCUGAACCAGGUCUUUAGUGGAGGUGUUAUGUUCUGUUUCCAGAAUUGGGGGAUUACUCGUUUGGCUAUAUUAAGUAUUCGGAUGAUCAUGGAUCGUUUGUACUUAGAGUGUGGUGUAGGAGUGUGGUGUAGGAGCAUUGCUGCUGGUUCCAGGGGGGGUGGUUCGUCUGUGAAUUUCUCAAGCAUUCUGUGUAUGUUUUGCCAAUAUGGUUUCAUUUUUGUGCAGUCCCACCAGAUGUGUUUCAUGUCUCCCUCUUCUUGUUGGCAUCUCCAGCAUAGGCCAGGUUGAUCUGGGUCUAUCUGAUGUAGGAGGUGUGGUGUCCUGUACCAAUGAGUUAGUAAUUUGUAGGCUGUCUCUUGUGUUUUACUGUGUGUGGAGCAGUGGUGUGUGAGGUAACAAAUGGAUUCCCAAUGUGUGUCCUAGGGCUUUCUCCCAUUUCCCCAUAAAUACAGGUGUCUCGGUUGGGAUGUCUGUUUGUAACAUGGUGUAUAGGAAGGACACUCCGUGUGGGAGCGGGUCUGGGUGCAUGCAGACCACCUCUAAUGUGGUGUGUUCUCUAGUGAGUGCUAAGCCCUGUGGUAGGGUGCGAAUGUAGUUGGCUAGUUGGGAGUAUCGAAAGUUGUGCAUGAAGGUCGGGGGUACUUCUCCCAUCAUGUCCGGAAGCUUUUUACAUUUCCCUUCCUGUAUGACGUGAUGUAAGCAUGGGUGUGUGUCUGGAAGGAUGUCUCUGAGGGCUCUCGGGUCUAGUCCCGGGGGAAAGUCUUUGUUAAACGUCAAUGGAAGGAGGGGAGAGGGAUAUGGCGAUAUGUUCCCCUUCAUCGCUGCCCUCCUCCAUAUUUUCAGGGUGUGUUUGGUGUAGAUGGACAUUUCGUCACAGUUCGUCGCGUUUCGGUCCCAGGGCAGUCCCGAGAUUGGUCUACCCGCCUCCGUCUCCUCCACCGUCUUCCACAGUUUGUGUACCCUGUCUUUUGUCCACUCUACAACUCUCUGUAGGUGUGUGGCCACAUAGUAUAGGUGGAAGUCUGGGAGGGCUAAGCCUCCUUUAUCUUUAGGCUGCGUCAGGCGUGGUAAGAAGUUCAUUUUUAUUACAUGUACUCUCCCCAGCCAGGAGAUGUGUGGAUAUGACCAUUCCCGCAUGUCUUUUUGAAAUGUCUGAAGUGUGUUUGUAAAGUUUUCCUUAAGCAUGUCUCCGCUCUGCCUAGUCAACCAGACUCCCAAGUAUCUAAUUCUGUGCUCGGCCCACUGGAAGGGGAAGCUGUGUCGGAGGGGGUUCGCCCUUGCAGUAGGGAUGCUAAUAUUGAGAAUGAACGAUUUACUGUUAUUGAUUUUCAGGUUGGAUAUUUCUCCAUAUACCUGUAGGUCUUUCUGGAUAUUUGGGAGGGAGAUUUCAGGGUUGGUUAUAAUGAAGAGUAAAUCGUCCGCGUAGGCGGCCACUUUGUGGUGCGUGUUACCUGUCGUUAGGCCGGUUAUGUCUGUGUUAUUUCGGAUGUGUGUAAGGAACGGUUCGAGGGCAAGGACGAACAGGAGUGGUGAGAGGGGGCAUCCCUGUCUCGUGCCAUUGUGUAUUUGGAAGGCAUCUGUCAGUGCCCCAUUUACCAGCACUUGGGCUGUUGGUUCUCGUAUAGUGCCUCUAUCCAUUGUCGCAUGUGUGGUCCUAAUCCUACGUGGGCCAGUGUUUCGAAUAGGUAUGUCCAGCUUACUCUGUCGAAGGCCUUCUCUGCUUCCGUUGACAGCAGGAGGAGACCCCCUUUCAUACUCUCUUUCCCGUGCAUGAGGGUGAGCGCCCUGAUGGUAUUAUCUUGAGCUUCCCUUCCUGUCACGAACCCUACCUGGUCCGGGUGGACCAGUGAAGGGAUAUGUUUUGUAAGUCGGGUUGCCAGGAUUUUGGCCAGUAAUUUAAUGUCGCAAUUUAUAAGUGAGAUCGGUCUGUAAUUUCCGCAUUGUUCCCUAUCUUUGCCGUCUUUGGGGAUAAUAGUGAUGUGGGCUGUUAGGGCUUGUCUGGGGAUGUGGUUCCCAUCUCGUAUCGCGUUGAACACCUCUACCAUGGGUGGGUAUAAGUCUUCGGCAUAUGUUUUGUAAUAUUUAAUCGGCAGUCCGUCUGGUCCUGGGCUUUUGCCUGGUUUGGUUAGCUUAAUCGCCAGUGCUAAUUCUUCUAUUGUGAUUGGUUCGUCUAUUAACUCUGCUAUCUCUGGGUCCAGUGUCGGUGUCUGGUAUUUCGUCAGAUAGUCGCGAAUAGUGGCACUGAGGCGCGUCGUUGCCGUGUUGGUUUUCGGUUGAGGGAGUGCGUAUAGUUCUGUGUAGUAUGUACGUAUCGUUUUCAUGAUGUCUGUCGGGAGUCGGUGUAAGGUCCCCCGUUUGUCUCUAAUCUUAUCAAUGUAUGUGUGUUGUCUCUGCUUCUUCAGCAUUGCGGCUAGGAGUUUGCCACUUUUGUUCCCAUGCAAUGUAAAAAAGGCUUUGUGUCUGGUCGCAUCUCUGUGGUGUUUAGAGUGUAGUAGUGUGGCUAGUUCCCGUCUCAGUUGUAGGAGUCGGGUUUGGUGUGUGUGGUUUGGGGUUUGUUUGUUUUGGUCGUCUGUCUCGUGUAUGUUGGCUAUCAGUUCCUUGAACCGAGCUUCGGCUUGUUUCUUUACUAUUGCUCCCUGUUGUAUAUAGUGGCCCCUUAUCACGCUUUUAUGCGCUUCCCACCGAAUCAUCUGGGAUGUUUGCUCUCCUGUGUUGGUCAUCAUGUAGUCCCUGAUUUUCUCCCUUAUGAGAGUUACGACUUCUAGAUUGGUGAGUAAGUAUUCAUUUAGUCUCCAUUUCGAGGUCGUGGGGCGGUAGAGUGGUGAUUUGAGUGUGAGUGAUACUGGGGCGUGGUCUGACCAUGUGGCCACUCCGAUUGUUACAUCGGACACUAGGGAGAGGUCGUGGUAUGUGGUAUAUAUGUGGUCUAUUCGUGAGUAAGAGUUGUGGGGGUGAGAGUAAAAGGUGAAGACUCUCACGCCUGGGUGGUGGGCUCUCCAGCAGUCCACCAGUCGUUGGCUGCGGAGCAGGGAUUUAAUGGCGGAAAUCUGCUGUGUGGGGAUGUGUGAAGCGCCUGUCGAGUUGUCCCAUGUCGGGUCGAGUGUUACGUUGAAAUCUCCCCCUAUUAUAAGAGUCCCUUCUGUGAAGGCUUGGAGUUUGCGGAAUGUCUGUUUGAGGAAGCGAUAUUGUUGUGAGUUUGGUGCGUAGAUGUUUGCAAACGUGUAUUGGUGGUCUGCGAUCUUCCCUUUAAGGAAUAGGUAUCUGCCCCCGUCGUCUGUCAUACAUCCCCCCUCCUGGAAUGGCACCCUCUUGUGGAAAAGUAUUGCUGUCCCUCUCGCCUUGCCCCCUUGGUAGUCACUAUAGUAUCCCUGCGUGUAGUGCUGAUUUGUCAGUUUGGGUCUGGUUCCCUUUUUAAAGUGGGUUUCCUGUAUCAUGACUAUUGAGGCCCUCUGUUUGUGGAAGUCUCUGAGUGCUCCUGAUCUCUUCUCAGGUUUGUUUAGGCCUUUUGCAUUAAUCGUGAGGAUUUGUAGAUAUUCUGGGGUCAAUGCCAUGUCGUCUAGUCAGGUCUAGUUUUUGGUGAAUGGAUAUUUAAAGGGGCACCAUAGACACCAAAACAACUUUAGCUAAAUGAAGCAGCUUUUAGUAUAGACCAUGCCUGUGAAAUUUCACUGCCCAAUUAUCUGCCAUUUAGGAGUUAAAACACGUUUGUUUCUGUAUAUGCAGCUCUAGCCACACCUCCCCGGCUGUGACUGACAUAGCCUGAAUGAAAACAAAAUGGUUUCAUUUUCAAUCAGAUUCAACUUACUUAAGUGUUUACCACUUGCUCUAAAAAAUUGAGAUUUAAUUACAUAUACAGAGUCUAGCAAAUUAUUAGCAGUGCAAGAGAUAAGAAAUUCUAAAUUAAUUUGUUUGACUAAGACUGUAUAAACAAAGUGAUUUAACUCCUAAAUGGCAGAGAAUUGAGCAGUGAGACUGCAGAGGCAUGAUCUAUACACCAAAACUGCUUCAUUAAAGGGACAAUUAAAAUGCAUCCAAACAUUCAGUGUCUUCUCCCAUUGCAUGCGGACACUGAACUUUCCUCAUAGAGAUUCAUUGAUUCAAUUCAUCUCUAUGAGGAGAUGCUGAUUGGCCAGGGCUGUGUUUGAAUCAUGCUGGCUCUGCCCCUGAUCUGCCUCCUUGUCAGUCUCCGCCAAUUCUAUGGGGAAGCAUUGUGAUUGGAUCAGGCCACCACUUCUGAUGAUGUCAGCAGACAGCUUGUUUUUCUGAGUCUAACAGCAUGCACAGUUACAGCUUCAGGCUUGAAUACAGUAAGAUUUCACUAUGUUUAGGGAGGCAUGAGGGGCCCAGGGUGGCUAGAUGGUGAUUUUAACACAAUAGGGUCAGGAAAACAUGUUUGUGUUCCUGACCCUAUAGUGAUCCUUGAAGCUGAAGUUGUUUUGGUGACUGCAGUGCUCCUUAAUUACGUCUGGAGAAAUCAUUUAGCGUUAUUGCCUUGUGAUGUAAGUUUUCACACAGCACACCUAGGUAAAUCUGAUCAAUAUAUGUUUGAUCAAAAACAGACUAUAGGAUAUCUCUCCAGUAACAUGAUUUCUCGAAUAAUUAGAAUAAGAACAAUAGUUAAUAAAUGAGCCAAAAUUACAUUACUGAUUAAAAAUUAAGCAGAAUGAUCAGAGCCUUUUGCCAAUGGAAAUGCAUGAGCUCAGCUGAAGGCCUUUUAACAAGUCUCAAAAAACAAUGAAAAUGUUUUGAUCUCUUGCCUGAUUUCAAAUUGGGUCAGACAAACACAUUUGUGAUUUAUUAAAAAACAAGUCCAGUUCUCAAGGGCCUGAUUGAAGCCACAUGGGUAUUUGAGUGUAGUGGGCUUGUCAGAGAGCCACAGGCCACAAAGCUGGUAUGAUUUAUACCGAUAAUGUUCUUUUAUCAGGUUUGCCAUAUUUAUAAUGAAUGUUAAGAGGAUCUCCUUUAAGUGAGCAGUAAAUAGAAUCCAUGUUUAGCUUGGGAAUGCCACCAGCCAUGCCAAAUUAAAAUGUCUUGUGCUUGCCACCAUAUGAACAUCAGCAGUGUGGUUGUUUUUGGUUCAACCAACAUGUUGAAGUUACAUCUUUUUGACUGCAUGAGAUGUGGCCUCUUCUAGCCCUCAUAAGAUUAAAGAGAAACUGGGGUCAUUUUGUUCUAUUAAAUAAACUGCUUACAUGACAAAAUAAAAGCAGUAUUAUGGAGCAAGGCACUCUUUAUUUUCACAAGUAACCUGAUCAGUAUAAAUGAUGUAACUGUAGCAGAGCUGCGGCUUUUACCCCUAUCAUUCAUGCACGACAGUGUAGCCGAGGGGAAGGUGAGUUAUCCUUACCUGAACCUGUCCCUUACAGCCUCCGCCAUGCCAGUGUCCUGCCAGUUCUCUUCAGUUCACGGCAUGUCAGCGUUGUACACAUGAGAUGGAGGAUCCCGAGAGACUGAGGGACCCUCCGUAGACAGAGCCUGUGACCAAAGUAACCUCGUGUUUGGCUUUUGGAGGGGCCUUCUGACCAGCCUCUUGCCUCAGGACUAUGGGCCCUGCAAUAUAUCUUGCCCAAUGCACUUUAAAAGGCUCUGUUCAGGUGAAGUAUGUAUUUUUGUACUCCAGACAGAGAGACCGACUGUUAGACCUUAUUCUCAGGAACUGUUUUGGGCAUGGGACCAUGUGCACGGUGGGUCAAAACUAUGACUUCCAGGAAAUUCCUGAACCCCUGAAGUGAUCUGUGGGUGACUUUUGGAUAUGUUGUUCACCCAGAUCAGGGUGGAUAUGUUGUAUUUUGGGGUACUUAUUGGAUUUUCUACAAAUGUGUGUUUUUUUUCUGCCUGGGGAUAAUUAAGUUAAUGCAUUAUCUGCCUUAAUUAUAUCACAGGCAGAGGGGAAGGAUUGUGUGCUGUAUGUGGGAGUGUCAUUCAUUGUCACAUUGUUUUCAUUGGUUUGUACACUUUAUGUCCCUGUGCCCAACAUGGUCCAUCUGGAAGUCACCCUUGUUGGGAAACCUGCAUCAAACGCCAGCUGUUGCUUCCAUUAAACAGAUUUACUCCACCCUCAAUCUAGAGUCUUGUCUCUUGUUGGGGGAAACUGCUACAUCACCAGAAAGGAUUGCUAUAAUCACUAUACUCCCUUGGAUUCUAUAAGCUCUUGUAAGAGCUAUUCCUGCUUGACUCUCUGGUGGAAGAGAGGCUCACCCACUGGAACCUGGAGCCUUGUCAUAGGUCCAGGGUGGGUAGGAGACGGCGAGACCCCAACCAAACUGCGGCGGUUGUGGGGUCUGGUGGAGUGAGAUUUUAACCAGUGUUCCAGUUCACAGUUCCGGUGAGCACUAGGAGCAUCUGUCUGCAGAGGUACCCAACCGGGGUACAGGAAGCUCCGUUACAGAGCCUUUUUUCUCUCCGUUGUCGCUAGUGAUGGCUGAGAGCUUGACAAAAGGUAGCACCGCCUUUUUGUCAGGAGCAGGAAAAAUCCAAAGACAAAGUAGUCCCUAGUUGUCUUAGUAUAUCUUUUGACUGGGUUAGAAUUUCAGUGAAAUUCCAACACAUUCAAUGUGAGUAUUUCAUAAAGAUUUCAUCUUUGUGAAAUGCUCAUUUUGGAAGUGUGCAUGACAGAGCCGCUUUAAUAAAAGGUUUAGCCAACUUCCUCCUUGGCUGUAACCUUGUAAGAGAAGACCAUCCUAAGAAAUUUGUUAGCCAGUGAGUUAUUCUUUUAUACCAUCACUGUAAAUUGUGAUGUGACUAUGUUGGCAAUCUAUGAAUGAUAGUUAUAAUAAUAAUAAACACUGCUGUGAUUGUAAAAAUAAUUGUAGUAAUAACCGCAGUUGUAGAGCUAUUUGAUUAAUGUCACUAUUCUGUCUAACUCAAUUUGUCGUUGUACAGCAGAUGAUAUGCCUGUCUCGUUUUAACUGUGUUUUUUUUCUUUCUUUGAUUUUAGUUAAGACGAUAUUUAAUCCAGCCCCGGCCAUCACUUCUCUUGACCCAGAGUUCUUCAGCUAUUCAGACAUUUUCUGCUGUAAUGAGAGUGAGGUGAGCCACAGUUCCCCUUUUUGGGUUAUCUGUGAAUUUUGAUCACAGUAUGUUGGUGCAGUGUUUGGAUUUGGCAGAACCCCUCAUGUUCUCCAGAAUUCAGUACAAUUUCCAUUCUGCUGAUUUUCCACCCAAGUCACAGACAUUGAGCAGGGCAGCUCCGUAAGAUGUGAGUUUGUCGAGCUUUACCAGUGUUACAGGCCCUGGGGAGAUAGCGCAGCUAAGCAGACAAGGGCACAUGUAUGGGAGUGUCUUCGGAAGUGUGUGUGUGUGGGUGGGGUUUGGGCUAUGUGAGCUAGUAGGGGGGAGGUCUUACCUCAGUGCCACUUGGGAUUCGGGCCAGCAAACAGCUUCCUGCCUGCCCACCCCUUGUUGUUUUAGUUAGUCACAGCGAGCCGGGGGUAUGUCCUUGCCAAUUAAGUUUGAGGGGUUAUGUUUAAGGAUGGAGUAAGUUCAUCAUGUUUGCAGGUCUCAACCUCCCCUGCUUCAAAAGGUUAACAUUAGGUUGCCUGAGGUGUUGUGCCCAUCGAGUGUGGAUAAGGUCGGCUGAUGGCGGGCAUUGGGAAGAUAUGAUUUUAUGACGAGGGGGGAGGUGAGAGGAAGUGGUGAUUAGGAACCACUAUAUGUUUAUUGGCAAGGACGGUUGGGUCACUGCAUAACACUAUGUGUUGAGUUAUAUAUGUAUAUAUGUUAAUUUAUGAUUAUUUAUUUCUAACAAUUUGGUUACAGAAAAGAAGAGUUUAAUAAAGUUAUGGAUGUGUUAUGCAGUAAUUUAUUUAUGUUAUAAUAAAUGCUGUGGCCUGUUCAUCCAUACUAAGUUGUCUGUCGUUAUUGGGGGGCUGAAUGGGGUUAGUUAUGUUUAUGUUGCAUCGUAAUUCCCGACUACGUACAUACAUGUAUUGUGCAGUCUGGUAAUUCAGUAAAUAAAUAUAAUAUUGUCCCUUGGCCAAUUCUAAUUAAUCGGGAACACACCACCUAUCUAAAACAUGCUGCAUGUGUGUAUUUUGUUUGCUCAGCACUUCUCUCUUGUGUUUAUUGUGAUCAAACCUUUUGUAUCGGUCUGUGCAUAUUGCACUGCCUUUUUCCCCAAUUGUACAGCGCUAAGAAAUUUGUUGCUUUAAAAAUGGGUGUAAUAAUAAUAUUAAUUGAAGCUGUCUCUAACACUUUCUGACUUUUCCUCACACUGUAAGAAAAGCAAUGCCAGGUUCGCAUUAACUUUGCCAUCAUUGUCUUCAAAGACUAUCAGGGUGUCAUUUGCAAAGCAUAAGAUCUUGGCAGCAAACUCCUACUGAACCCUCAUUCUAGUCUGACUUGACAUUUUACAUGGCAGCAGUCCACAACAUUGAACCCAGCAAGUCUCUAUAGUUUUAACUGUUUGAUUACUGGAGAACGUGAGCCUCACAUCACUCACCCUCCCAGCAAGCCAAACGCUUCAUGUCUUGCUUAUCUCUCUCUUUUAUAUAUAUAUAUAAAUAGAUAUAUUAAGUGUGGCAUAUGCAUAUCUGUGCCAGUGCCACAUGCAGAAUUACACCGCAAUAUUUAACUCUUUUUUUAAUUUUUUUAGGCAGAGAUUUUAACCAGCGUUCCAGUUCAAAGUUCUGCUGAUGCUGGUAAAGCGGGUUUGGCGCUCUUGGAAAAGGGUUGCAAAGUGGUUAUCGUGACACUGGGAGGAGAAGGCUGUGUCAUUGUUUCACAGGAGAAAACUCUCCCCCAGCACAUACCUCCCAAAAAAGUUACAGCCGUGGACACAACGGUAUGUCACUGUACACACGGCUCCUGCGUAGUGUUUCACAAGUAUAUAUAUUUUACUCUUUUUAUUAGAUUCAUUAAUCUAAAUUCUUCUUUUUAUAACGACGUCUUUCUUUUAAAUAAUAGACACAAUGUACUUUUAGCUGGAGCAAAUCUAGCAAAAAAGUACAAAGAGAAUGGGUUACAGGGGUACUAAAAGGGCCUAACCCUUAUCUUAACAAACACACAAAAAAUACAGAAAUGAUGGAGAAGCGACCCUAGAAGACGGGAGCAAAUCCCUUCAAAACUAGGACCCCCACUGGAGCAAUAUAGAUAAGUUUGCCAACUACUGUGUAUCAAACAAAGUGUAAAAAAUAAUAGUUUUAUUGAAAAAACCCAAGACACCAUCUAUUUAAAAUACACCAGACUGCUUAGACUAGAGAUGGAGGUACAUAGAGAAAGGUAUUCCAGCUUGCACACGUACAAAUUAUUAAACCUAAUACUCAGUAACUAAAUCUUUUGUUUAAAAAGUAGCAACAUAGCCACUAGAGUGUGCAACAAUGUAGCAAGAGUUUCCAUAGGGGUAACAUAUUGUAAUACAGUAGAAACAGGCUGAAAUAGAUUCUGGUUCCUUCAAAUCAAUAGAAUAUUUAAUAUCUAUAGAUAAAUAGGUAUCUCUUCACUUUUCUACCCUCAUAAAUAAAUAUAUAUAUUGCCUCUACACAAAAAUCCUGAUGGCUUACUACAAAUUUCAAAAAGUAUCUUGGCUAAAUUAGCUCAGUGUAUAUCUACAGAGUUAGUAAAUCAACAGGACAGAAAGGGAGAGGCAAAUAGAUGAAAAAAUAAAGUGAGAAGGCAGUAAAGAGGGUUCAUAUAUAGGUAACCCAGACUUAAAUAAAGGCAGUCUGUAGAGUGUGGAAAAAACAUACACACCCCCCCAAGCCCAACGCGCGUUUUGGCGAUAAUGUUCGCCUUUCUCAAGGGCAUAAUAGUAAGUCAUGGGACAUUUCACUCUACUCUUUAUAGUAAAACGACUGCUACAAAUUCCCUCCUCCAUUGGAGAAGUUACCAUCCAAGGCCCCUCAAGGAGGGGAUCCUGGUUGGUCAAUACCUUCGCCUCCUGGGAAACUGUAGUGAUGUGGCUGAUUUCAAAAUGAAAGCGAGUCAACAUUCGUAUCUAUUUUAAGGAGAAAGGCUACCCAAAUCGUUGCCUUAAGAAAGCCUAUAAGAGAGCCCUUAAAACUAAUAGAAAAGAACUCCUCUGUGACCACCCUGUGAAAAAGACCUCCAAAAAUACGGGUGAUAUCCGUAUGCUUGCUACAUAUGAUACGGGAUGGUCUGAAGUAAGAAAGUGUCUUAAUAGAUUUUGGCCGAUUCUUUUGAAUGAUAUGCAUCUGAAGGAAAUCUUAGGUCCAUGCAUCAAUAUUACUGCUAGAAGAGGUCGCAAUAUUCUCAACCUACUAGUACCAAGUCAUCUAUCUAUCAAACCACAGCCGAGAGACACAUGGUUGGGUAAUCCUCCAUGUGGUUCUUAUGGCUGUGGUAGAUGUGUAGUGAAUGAUGGCACAGGCCAAGUCUCGAUUAGAAUCAAAAACUUUUUCAACUGCAAUACAAAGGGUUUGGUCUACCUGUUGUCCUGUUCUUGUGGACAAAAGUAUGUAGGUAAGACAUUUAGAGCCUUUUAAGGAAAGGAUUAUGGAGCAUGUAAGGUCCCCUAAGAACCGACUUGAAACACCCAUUUCAAGAAAUCUUAAGGAACACCAUCAGGGUGAUUCCAGUAAUUUGAAAUUUUGUGGUCUCGAAUGGGUCAAGAGACAUCCGAGGCGUGUAAACUAUGAUCGUUUACUAAGACAGAGAGAGUCUAGAUGGAUUUUUAGACUCAAGACAUUACAACCUCUGGGUCUGAAUGAGGGAUUCUCUUUUGCCCCAUUUAUCUGAGGUAUAUGUAUCUGAGGUAUAUAUAUAUAUAUGAGAUAUGUUUAGUCUAUACUCCUCAACCUAAGUGAACAAUUCACUUACCGUAUUUUUCGCUCCAUAAGACGCACUUUUUUCCCCCUCAAAAGUGAGGGGAAAUGUCUGUGCGUCUUAUGGAGCGAAUGUGAAGCUUUACUUACCUGUCUUGUAGUGUGGGCUGGCAGCACAGCGCGCUCCGCAGUACAGGAAGUUCAAGUUCCGGUUUCCGGCGGGACUGAAAGAAAGUGUGCACACUGAGUGUGCACUUCCUUUCAGUCCCGCCGGAAACCGGAACCUGAACUUGAAGUUCCUGUACUGCGGAGCGCGCUGUGAAGCCGGCCCACGCUACAAGACAGGUAAGUAAUUAUGGGACAAGGGGAGGGGGGACACUAUGGGACAAGGAGAGGGGGGACUCUAUGGGACAAGGGGAGGGUGGGACACUAUGGGACAAGGGGAGGGUGGGACACUAUGGGACAAGGGGAGGGUGGGACACUAUGGGAGGGAAAGUGCACUAUGGGACAAGGGUGGGGGGACACUAUGAGAUUAGAACACUAUUGUACAAGGGGAGGAGGGGUUAACAAUCACUAUGGGACAGAGGAAAGGGGGGGUUAAAAUAACUAUGGGACAGGGGAGGGGGGUUUAAAGAUAACUAUGGGACAAGGGGGGGGGUUAAAGAUCAUUAUGGGACAGGAGAGGGUGGUAAGGAACAAAAAAUUGCUUUAAAAAAAAUAUUCUGAACAAACUGUCCCAUAGUAAGAAACACCAUGGAACAGUUCAGAAUAUUUUUUUUUUUUUCUGGGUUUCCUCCUCUAAAAACUAGGUGCGUCUUAUGGAGCGAAAAAUACGGUGUAUGAAUCUGAUCUAUUAUUAGUUUAUUCUGUUUAUUAGUGGAUAUUUUUCUAAUAUCCACUAAUAUGCCCUUGAGUUGGAAAGACCUUUUGGUAAUUUUUGGGUUUACUUUUUUGAUCUUUGAUACUAAGUCCGAUAUGCAUUCUGAAAUCUAACUUAACCUGCCUUCUCUGAUUAUUUUUAUUUAUUUUUUCUAUAUUUCCUCCUUACUGUUAGUCCCCAUUUUCCCUUGUCUCUUUAGUACUCCCUAGAUUUAUGUGCAUUAUUAUGUGAACAUCACAUACAUCAUUACAUUAUUUAUUAUGUUUUAACAUGUUGUUAAAAUAUGUGAUGUCUUGUAUGUAAUCACAGGGAGCGCUGGGCUUGAACUGGUCUGGACGCAGCUCUGUCUGCUGCGCCGAAUUUCGUUGCGCGUUAAUUCUGACCAUGUCUUCUGGCGGAAUACCAAUACCGGCGCAUGCGUAACAGGUCUGAUUGUACGCAUGCGCGUUGUUUUUGCCAACACUUGGGACUUCCCACCGCCGAAUCCGAUUGGCGAAACAAAAUAGAAACCCAGCCCACUCAUUACGGGUGGGUUUUUUGGCGCCAACAUUGGUGUAUAAAGGAAAGAGGAUGAAUGGAGGAUGUUUGCUUACUAUUAUGCCCAUGUGUUUCGGGGCUAACUCGCGCUUGCAGGACUUCUCGCAGGCGGCUCCUUUCCUUUCCUCACCUCCAGUUCUGCUACUUUACCAUCUUGUUUAAUGGCUGUCACACUUGCUGCCCUUUUGUGAUUUUGUACCCCAUCUUCUCUAGACUGUUAACUCGUUUGAGCAGGGCCCUCAUCUACCUAUUGUUCCUGUGUCAUUGUCUAAUUUAUUGUAAACCCCCCUCAUAAUAUUGUAAAGCGCUGCGGAUUUAAUUGGCACUAUAUAAAAACCCAGUGGCGUACUAAGGGGAAGGGUGCCAUGAGUGCCAGUGUCAUGGCACUAGGGAGGUGCCAUGAGUGCCAGUGUCAUGAGUCACUCCCCCAUCAAUUCGUAUAAUGUGCGCGGGUGUCGGGGUGGGGGAGUUUAUUAAGGGGGAUUGCAGGGUUUUUUUUAUUAAUGGGGGGUGUGCAGGUUUUUUUUUAUUAAGGGGAGUGUGCAGGAUUUUUUUAUUAAUGGGGUGUGCAGGUUUUUUUUUAAGGGGAUGUGGAUUUAUUUAUUUUUUUUAUUAAAGGAAAACUCCAGUGCCAGGAAAACAAUCCAUUUUCCUGGCACUGCAGGUACCCUCUCCCUCCCACCUCCCAUCCCAGGUAGCUGAAGGGGUGAAAACCCCUUCAGGUCACUUACCUGAGACCCUGCCGAUGUCCCUCUGCGGUGGUUUCGGGUCGGCGUCGCUCCUCCCAGUAAUCACAUCAGCCAGGAGGGGGUUGCUGGAAGAAAGGAUUUCGUGAAGUCUAAGAAAUCAGUACACUGGUGAUAAGACACAUGACAUUAGCAGUAUAAGGUACUGAGACCUGGGUGCUGGGGAGAAUCUGGGUUAGACUCCUAGAAUCGGCAUACUGAGGAGACUCAGGGUAAGAGGAGACUUGGGGGAAGAGACCUGGUUGCUGAGGAUAUUUGUGGUAAGAGACCAGGGUGCGGAGGAGACUCGGGUUCUAAAGAGACUAUGGGUAAGAGACCUGUGUUCUGAGGAGACUUGGGGUAAUAGACGUGGGUGCUGAGGAGACUCUAUGCAAGAGACCUGGGUGCUGAGGAGACUUGGGAUAAUAGACGUGGGUGCUGAGGAGACUCUGUGCAAGAGACCUGGGUGCCGAGGAGACUCUGGGUGCUGAGGAUACUUUUGAUAAGAGACCUGGGUGCUGAGGAGACUCAGGGUAAGGUAUAAGGGUGCUGAGGAGACUCAGGGUAAGGUAUAAGGGUGCUGAGGAGACUCAGGGUAAGGUAUAAGGGUGCUGAGGAGACUUAGGGUAAGGUAAAAGGGUGCUGAGGAGACUCAAAGUAAAAUAGGUGAGUGCUGAGGAGACUCUGGGUAAGAGACAAGGGUGCUGACUCAGGGUAAGAAACCUGGUUUCUGAGGAGACUCUGGGUAAGAGACCUGGUUUCUGAGGAGACUCUGGGUAAGAGACCUGGUUUCUGAGGAGACUCUGGGUAAGAGACCUGGUUUCUGAGGAGACUCUGGGUAAGAGACCUGGUUUCUGAGGAGACUCGGGUGCUAAGGAUGCUGGUGGUAAGAGACCUGGGUGCUGAGGAGACAGGGGGUGAGAGACUGCAGAGGAGAUUUAAAGGUCAGGGAAAUUAUUGCAAUAGACUGGCUGUCUGGGAGUGAGACCAUAGAACUUGAGAGAAAGAUAAAGCAUGGCUUAGACUACAAGUCCUGCUUGUGAGGGUCUUCAAAAUUACUUGAUGUUUUAAAGGGGGCUUUUUUUUAAAGAUGUGUAUAGAUUAUUAGUCUAGAAUAAAACUGAUUAUAUCUGCCAGGUUCGUUUAGUCCCAGCCAGAUAAACUUUCUAAGUAGGUCACGGCUCUUGUUUACAGGGUGUGGUGCAUCUCCUGAUUUUGCAACUUUCCUGUGAAUGUUGGUUUUGCAAACGUUAGUAAAAUUGUACAUUUCCAUCUAUGGUCACAAAACAGGCUCAGAGGGGUCACUCAGUUCACUCAGAAAUCAAUGUUUUUGGGGUUAAAAUUAGAGAAUUAUCCAUACUCUUAGUUAUGAUAGUGAUCUUGACGGUAGUGUUCCUAAAUCUUCUGAAGUUUAACAUGGCUGUCACUGUCCUGGAAUCAGCAUUUAUAUGGUUGCAGCUCUUUUAUGAAAAUGAUAAAGUUUUAAUAAUCUUAAUUUUGUGAUUUUUAGGUUUACUUAUAUUGUGGUCAGUACUGUCCAUCCCUCUUGCAUGGUAAAAUUCAAGUAAAAAUUACUCCUCUCCUUUCCAACAGCAGGACUUCUGACAGUUUGCAGUUCCUUAUCCGUCGAUGUCAGCAAGCUGCUACAACACUCGCAAACUCAUCCAAUCCAAUGCUUCAUGAACUGGAGAGCAAAAUGCCACACUCCCUAAAUCAAAUGCUGCUAUCAGUUUAAUUUGGUUAUGGAGACAAGCGUCUUUAGUGGCUGCCAGGAAGAUAGCCUUUUAAUCAUUUACAAAACGGCAAUGUUUUACAUUAAAGGGUUAAAAACACAGCAUUACUGCAACCAGACCACUUCAUUGAGAUGAAGUGGUCUAGGUGGCUUUAGUGAUCCACUAAAUAAAAUAGGCGCGGAGUAAAUAGGGCUUGGCCUGUAAUGAAUGAAAGAAAAAAAUUCCAUUACCUAUUAAAAACAAUAUAAAAUUAUAAAACAGAAGAGCUAAAUUAUAGUACAGUAAAUGUGUAAAUUCCUUGUAAGUCAUUAAAAAGAAAUCAAAUGAGAGCAAGUGGGGGUAAAUAUGACCCCCACAUUAGUACAAGGGAGGUUUAUUACCAACCCCAGGUCCCCGCUGGGGGUACAUUGUGUAUCCGCACAUAGCCCCCACUAUAAUUACGGGGUGGACAAAGUUCUUUUCAAUUUGGGGUAGUUGAUAUUGAAAUGAAUUUUAUGGUUAGACAAGUUCUGCUCUGCUUCAAUAAAUAGUAAGAAUCUAAAUGAUUUGAAAUGAAGGUUCCUUCUUCUGAUUCCUUUACCACUGCCAAUCACCCUGUUUUCCAGUGCCUACUGAUUAGCAGCUUCCUAUGAUGGGCAUUCAGGGCCACAUUAGCUUUAUGAGAGUUUUAACCUGCAGCAACAGCAGGGUGUUGGUAAAUCUAAGUUUGAUAUGUUACAGAAUAACCAUAACCACAGAAUGCAGCCUUGGCUUCAUCCACAUGGCAGCCCUGCCUGCUUCCAGUAAUGUUCCCACCUCCUGCCUUCUGUCUGACAGUUGGGCAAUUUCACUUGCCUCCAGCAUUGUGGUUUGGUUUCUUGGAAUUUUUAGGAAUUUGUUAUCAAUCAGAUAAGAUGUUACUAGGGCAGGUAUCGACCAUUCCAACACACCCUGUUACACAGCUGCAGGAGCCACGGAUGAUCUCUGUGACCUGAUCAUAUUUCACCAUCUAAUGCUUUGUGAAAAUGUGCUCUCCUGACUUAAAAAUGUAUUAAUCCGGUGUUUGUGUGCAGUGCCUGGUAUUACUGAGCGGCAUACAAUGACUAACACUGAGCUAUCUGUCUCUUACAUACAUCCUUAUUAUGUUUAUUAGACUUCUACAGGAACGUUUUCCAAAAUUCAAACUUGGUUCAAGUUGUCCAACGUUUGUUUAUGCCGUUAGGUUUGCCGAAUUUGAUCUACGGGAAAAUAUUCUGGGAAACAUUCGGACAAACCCAAAAAGAUAUCUGAUAGCUCUGAAUUGUUAUUUUUUUAUCAUUAUGAGAAAGUAAUAUACUGGGUACUGAAGUUUGUUUUCUCCUAUAGUUGCUGUGUGCAGUGAAUUACUUAGAACUGUAUCUGUUAUCAUAUUAGUUUCUGUUGUAGUGGCAAUUGUUUUGUUGUUUGGUGGUUGUUUAGCUAUAUUUUACUGCACUAGAAGCAGUUAAAUGAUAAGUUAAAGCGUAGUGUAAUAUUCCUGUUUUGUUAUAAAAUUACAGAGUUCACUUCUGAACCCCUGGAAAUCAAUUAGCUGAAAGUAGAGCCAUUGAUAUCUCUCAUCUUCCAAAUUGCUCAUUUUAAUGGAGUUAGGAACAACUGCAGGUCAUCCACAGCUGGCCACAGAGAAAGCCUGGCUGAUAAACCCCCAUGACUGAUUGGCAUUCUUGGGUUAUUCAGUUGUUUUGAUUGCUCAUCUCCCAAAAAAAGAAUAGCAUGCUUUGUAUUUUACCAAUUCUGCAGAUAAAUCGGGGUACAUUGAGGUGCAGAGUUUGAUGUCUGGAGCAAGAUCAAAAUUCAAUCCAUUUCUAGUUUGUUAAAUAGUAGUUCCAUUCAACUUUAAAAGAAUUGUAGCGCUACAAAUUCCAAAACUUUUUAUAUUUAGAAUACUAAAUACUAAAAAUACUGUUUUUUUUUUUGUUUUGUUUUUACUUAAAGGGGAAAUGUCAAUUUCCCGGAUUUUGAUAUUAUGUUAACUUAUCCCCAUAUUUAAGAAAUAUGUGUUUGCGAGUUAAGUGCGGGAUAAGUGACAAAGACCUACACCUAUAAGUGAAGCGCUCAAACAGAUAUAAAGCUUACCAAGCGUGACUUGAUUCGAUAGUACAAUAUGAAGUACAUGCCAAAAAAUAAAAAAAACAAAAGAUACAAUAUAGUGCAGAUGGUAUUUUAAAGUUGCAAUUCAAAAAAUAAUAGUAAUGUAACAAACUAUAGACUCACAUUUUAAGGAGCCUGUAUAUAAAAAACUGGCUCCGUAUUUAGGCUUGUGUGCUUAUUUUGUUAGCACCACCCUUCCACUUCGGCUUGGAGUAGUUCUCAUAAAUAAAACAUAAAGGGAGAACAAACCAAUGUGUAGACUGUAGCAAUAAAAGCACGGAUGUAAAAUAGUAAAUGUGGUGCUCACCUGGUCCUGAGCCUGUAAGUCCCGGCUCUAAGGUGUAUAGAUGUGGUGCCAGUUUAAAUAGAGAUGGCACUGCCCAUAUGGAGAUUCCUAGAGGCUCCAGAAAGGACUUGAGCAGGGUAUCUUAAGUGAAAUAACAAAUUUAUUGGUAUAAUUGUAACAGCACCCCCAGGCAUAAAAGGGUUAAACCGCCGUUUAGAAGAUCUUCCCCUUCCAGAGAUACAGGCACAGCUACUGCAGAACACCAAACUCCCUGAAUACAAGGGAAUGCUCCAAACUCCCGAAUUGCAUACAAGGGAAUGCUCCAAACUCCCGAAUUGCAUACAAGGGAAUGCUUCAAACUCCCGAACUGCAUACAAGGGAAUGCUCCAAACUCCCGAACUGCAUACAAGGGAAUGCUUCAAACUCCCGAACUGCAUACAAAGUAGCACUCCAAACUCCCGAACUGGAACCUCACGAAUAGCUGCUAGCAGAGGAACAGGAAAAGUACCCAAACGUCUCUAACAGCAUACAGUAAAUCCCCCCAAAGAUGACACAGAGCUCCGUGUUGAGGGUCAAGCAGUGGUCUGGUUUAAUGUGGGCUACCUGCCCGGUAUUAAUGCAGGUCUUCCACCUGGUGGACACUCCCCUAGGGGACCAGAUGGAAGACUGGGAAACAAAUGGUAAAAUGACCAAUCAUGGGCAUACAGGGUUAAAACACUCCCACAGUACAUUACAAUCCCUUCGCUCUAUCCUGGAGAUAAUUGGGAAGUAAUCCUAUUAUCUCCAAGGACAGAGGCAAAACUCCAUUAACCACAUGGUUACAAUAAAAUACAUAAUGUUACAUUUGUCACAUAAAAUAUAUACAUGUAACCCAUCCCCAGAUAGCUGGGAUCUGAGCACACAAAAGUACCGAAUAGCGCUCAGAUCCUAUGCACACAGUCCAAUCGCCGUGGAGUUAAAGUGUUCACAAAGCCUGUUCUCCAUACGAAUAGACUCCACGGGAUGGCUAUCUUGGGUAAUACUGUUCAUAUGGUUUAAACUACUGAAUGAACAGGCAUCCGGUUAAAUGACCGAAUGCAGAAGCAAGGAGGCUGACGGCUCAGCGGUGUUCGUGCAAAUAAGUAUCCGUUUCCAGUUCCAUAGUUUGGGCGCUGAACACCGCUGGCCGCUCGGAACUUUAAAAUGGCCGCCGCCACGAACAAAGGCCACCCAGCAUUUGUCAAUUAAGCUGCGGUUAACCGGAGCUUCUGGGAGGUAAAUUGCCGACACACUCCCAAUACAGGUGGUCCAGUCAAUCGGUUGUUUGUUCGGUAGAUUGAAUCUACCAAACACCGGGCAGAAAGGCACGAACAAGCCUUUUCUGCAGGGGAAAAGAAGGCUUUCUAACAUGGGGCCAUAGUCCAGAGGCAACAGGCGGGCAACCAGGCUUCUCCAAUGCAAUGUGGCGAGAUUGGUCUCGUCACAGUAUAUAAUAACAAUAAAAAAUAAAUGGUAAAAAAGUCCUUAAUAAAAGUCCUUUAAAAUGGCCAAUACACGUUUCGCUCUCAAUAAAGCUUCCUCAGUCAGCUGUAAUGAUGGUCCUCUGAAUCUUCCAUUAUAAAUGUCCUUUAGUCCUUCCCCUUUAAUGAUAUUAAUACAGUUUAUCCAAUCACAGUGGUGUGUAUAUAUUUCUUAUGUGAGAUAAUUUGUGUGUAUACUUUUAAUUGGCCGAAUUUUCGGCGCCUUUAUUUACUAGCAUUUUCAUUGGUGGACAAUGGUGGUUGGCGGAAGUAGUGGGAGCUCGCCGAGGUGGUUGGCAGAAGUGACGUCACGGACCACCGUGAACGUCAUCUAGCCGCCACCUCGAAGAGACUCCCAGAUUCUCCGACCAUGCUACCCGCCUCUCAUGCGGCCGGGCCGGAGGGAGGGGACUCUAGUGUAUGGAAGGAGAUUCAUCCCUAAGAGGAUGAUGUGUAAGCACAUCGGCUCGUCCCGCCCUUCGGGCAUGCCGAUGUACUCGCGGACUCCUCCCCUCUCCAACACAGCACGGCUAUGACAGGGAUUGUGUACAUAGAUGAAUAGUAGGCAGAGGAAAAAGAAGAAGAAAAUAAUGUAAAAAAGGAGAGAAAAGAAGGGAUAUAGAAUAAUUAUAACUGGUACUUAUAUUUACAUAUAUACAAAAGUAUCAUGUGAUAUCCUUGGUGUAUAUCUAUACCAAGUGACUUAUUGUACAUAAAGUGCAUAAAGUAUAGUGUGUAUUUAGAGAAAUAAAAUCAUAUUAAGUGUUAAAUUUAGAUUGGUAUGUGCAAAGUUUGAUAUCCUUAUGGAUAUAUUUUAAUGUAUCCAAUAGGAUAUUGAGUGCAUGUUAAUUAAAUAUUGACAGAGUAGUAUUCUCAAUAAAUUGUUAAACCACAAAUUGAAAUUUAAUACACAUGAGGAUAGGGAUUGGACCAAUAUGUUCAAGAAUAACGUAUGCGAAAUAUAUUUAUUUGAAAUAUGUUUAUUUAAAAAGGAAUAUGAAAAAAAUCCGGAUUAGAGUAACUGGUGGAAUAUAUAUUCAAAUAAAAUGACAGAGUUCGAAGUCUAUAUUCAAACCACGAGGUUUUAAAGUCCCGAGGUUGAAUAUCCACCUCAUCUCGCUCUGUCCCAAAAGUUUAUUAAGGUCCCCUUCUCGCCAAUUUCCCUUAACCUUAUAUAUGCCCAUGAACUUCAACUCUCUUGGCUCACCAUUGUGUGCAAGUGCAACGUGGUGUAAUAGACUAUGUCCUUCAAAUUUUUUCCUAAUGUUUCUAACAUGUUCUUCAAUCCUUAUGUGCAAAUUACGUUUAGUGCGUCCCACAUAUUUUAAGCCACAGGGGCAUUCCAAUAAGUAUACUACAUUACUCGAGUGGCAAGUUAUGAGUUCUUUAAUGGGGAAUUCUUCAUUAUUACUAAAAUUCCUUUUAAUGUAUCUCUUUUUAUUGUUUGUAUUCCUGCACGCUAAGCAUGUGCCACAUCCAUAAAAACCUUUCCUUUGUCUAGGAAAAUAGUGACCCUUGUUUUCUUAAUAUGAUUUUUUACCAGUAAUCUAUUUAGAUUGGCAGCCCCUCUAAACACUAUUUUACGUUUUUCUGGUAGAAUUUGGGACAGAGUAUGAUCUUGUAGUAGAAUGGGCCAGUGUUUAUUUAGAAUUUUUCUUAACGCACUGUUAUUGUGGCUAUACUUACAUAUAAUAGGUAGGUUAACUUCACCUUCAUUUUUUGUUUUAUUUUUUUCUUGUAAUAAAGUAUUUUGUUGAAUUUUUGAGACUUGUGCGUAAGUGUCUUUUAAUGUUUCCUUUUUGUAGCCCUUAUCUAAUAGGUCGGAGAUUAAUUUAUCCGCUUGUUCCUUAAAAGUGUCCUCGUCCGUGCAAUUUGUCUUAAUUCGUAUAAGUUGUGUCUUGGGUACACUGUUUAACCAUGGGGAAAAAUGACAACUAGAAGUAUGGAUAAAACUAUUGACAUCCACAUCUUUAAAAUUAGUUUUAGUUUUCACCCUUUCAUCAUCUAUAAAAAUAUCAAGAUCUUAAAAUGUGACUGUGUGUUUACUAAAAUGGGUAGUUAAGAUAAUGCCCCAUUCAUUGUUGUAAAGCUGGUUUAAAAAAGUGUGUAAUGUGUUCUCUGUACCUUUCCAAAAAAAAAAAAAAAAUUGGUCCCUUAUCUGAAAGCAAGCGUUAAUGGAGAGUGAAAUGUCUAGGAAUAUGCCGGCAUUUCUUCUACCUAGGGCUGUUCUGAGCCAACAGUUUAUAUGAUUAUUGUGAUCUUGCUUCUUGUAGCUGUGAAUUUCUGUGAAGUUAUGUAGGUUCGUUCUAUGGUGGUUGUACUAGAACAGGGAUAGGCAAUCUUUGGCACUCCAGAUGUUGUGGACUACAACUCCCUUGAUGCUUUGCCAGCAUUAUGGCUGUAAGAGCAUUAUGGGAGAUGUAGUCCAAAACAUCUGGAGGGCUGAAGGUUGCCUGUCCCUGUACUAGACUAUGGGACAUUGCACCAGAAUGUUGUGUCCUGCAGGAACAAUAACCACAUCAUGUCUCCAUACCUCUGUGGAAAGGAUCCUCGGAUCUCAUGUUUUGCCUUCCGUCACUAAUUCACUUUUCAUGAUCUUGCACAAACAUAUGCCAAGCUGAGUUAUCGUGACCGUGAAGUGAACCAUGGUACAGGCUCCUGGAGAAUUCACUCAUCUUGAACUCGUAGACUCCGCAAUGAACUGAGCAGCUAGGAAGGUGUAGCCAGGAGUGAGAUGAUAAAUAUCGAUGUCAUCAACUCAACAGUGAACUCUAGAAAACUUGGAGUUUGGUGAACAGAUUUCUGUCCGUGUAGGCACCCUCAUUUUCACACUCUGAGCUCUGUAUCAGGACUAUAUUUCCUCUGGUGCACUUCAUACUGUAGUCUCCAAAACUAUAGCAUUUACAUAUACAGUAUUAACUAUAGCUGUAUUCCUGACACUAGUUCCUCUCCCCCCCCACACGGGUAAAUAAAUAGUUAAAAAGUGGGUGCUAAUGCGCAUGCACAGCAAAUGCAGCAGACAAAUUAGACCUCCCCAGAUGAAAGCAUUGAAUCAAUGUUUUCCUAUGGGGAAAAUCUGAUGCUGGAUGUCAGCACUAAGUCCGAAAGGGUGACUGCACCCAGACCUCUUCAAUGAGCUGAAGUGGUCUAUGUGUCUACAGUGUCCCUUUAAAGAAUGUUGCUGUUUUUUUCGUCGAGCAGCUUAUUGUACAGAUAAAAAACUGGGCUAAAAUACAAACAAUUCCGUUUUUUUUCAUGGCCUGGUAAAUUAAUUGUGAAACAAUAUUACUUGUUACCUGUGUAUAAACCAAGGAGAAAAUAUAAUAUUUUCCUUAGAAUUGUAUUCCAAUCCAUGGGCAGACUGCCAGCUUUAUAUCAGAAGGUUUAUUACCAACUAGUAUGCCACAAAGUCUAUGCAUUUGAAGUUAAUGCACACUAGAAUGUCUUGUCCAAAGUACAUUGAAGAGGCUCACACAGAAAACACCUAGUGAGAUCACAGAGAGGACUGUGUUUCAAAAGUCUGCCUAAUCUACUGGCUAUGCUUUACACAGGCAAAAUCCUAAAUCAUAUGGUGACAAGAACUAAUGGUCAGUCCUAAAUCCCAGCAGUCAUCCUCGCCAGCCCACCCUUUCAAUUCAGAGGUGAAUGGCCAGGUCCCCAGCAUCAGUCCGUGAUUACCUCUUUCUGAUACUAUGAGAUUGGUAUUUUAUAUUUUUCUGCUAAAUGUAAACACACACCCAGCACAGCUUGGGACGUUUGAUGAGAAAGAAAGGCUUUAUCGAGUGCGUGACAAUGUGAGUCAUGUAACCCCCCCAUUCACAAAUAAAGCCUUCCUUUGUGGACAGGCCAUAGAUGUGAUGAGAAAGUAUCUGUGCUGUAAGUCUGCAGCCACUGUAAAUAAUCACCAUCUCAUUCACUGCUUUCCACUAAAUCACAGGGGGGAUUCCUGCUUAGACACAGGUGACUCAGUGAGGGAUAGCUUUAAAUAAUAGCACACUAGGAACACUGUACAUCUACUAGACUGAGCGCAUUCGGUGCCAUUUCUCACACCUCUGUCUCUCGAAGAGUUAAAAAAUAUCUGCUACGUGGACUGUGUGUUCGUUUUAUUUGUUCUAAGAGUACAGUGGGUGAUUAAAAAACAUGUAAACCAAAUAAUCACCUUUUCAACCCAAAUAUUUAAGGUUUUUGUUUUUGGUUAGUGUUUCUUUUUUUUUUUUUUUUAUAAUUUUUUUGUGGUUUAACAGUUCUGGCUUCAGGGGCUGUAAACACAUACCUCUAGUAAUGACGAAUCACACUUGUUUUUUCGUGGAUCAGCAAAAACUAAGAUUGCGGUUCAAACCCAUAUUAUCAAAUUCCAAUGUUUAAUAAUGCAAUCGCUUUGGAUUGAGCAAUCCGUACAAAAGAGCUUUUGUCUGCCAGGCGCUUCUCACCAGCAAGGAAUUGAACGAUGCAGAUGGCAGUAGACAGAUGAAGUGUUUUUGCGGUGUGUAAUUAGAAAUACAACUUCAGAUUGCACUAAAUCUUAUGUUCAAACCAUUCACCGCAGGAGCUGAGAGCAUUGUCCUCUGGAAAUAUUCCUAGACAGGUGUUCCAAAGCCGGAAAGACAUGCUAGCUCCUCCUGAUGUAUUAUAAAUGACCUGCCACCUAAAAAAAAAAAAGUACUUUAACCCAUUCACUGCCAAGCUCAAGCAUUUAUUUAUUAUAUAUUUAUUUCAGGCAGGUUUUGAUAUAUUACCAUUGAAGGUGAAUGUUUUUUUAACAAAUGUAUAUAUGUGACAAAUUAGAUAUAUAAAAAUGGCUAAACAUGGCAGUGGAUGUUUGUAAGGGAACUGAUAAAAUUUCUGGAAAUACUGCUCCCUGAAAAUGUAACCAGAACAUGGAAAUAACCAUGGCUAUUCACUAAAAGGACAAUUCAAUGUUAAUUUUAAGCAGCUCUGUCACCCUAAACAUACCUUUCUUCAAUCUCUUUCUCUUCUCCUCCUCCCUCUCAAUCUGUUAUUCCUUUCUCCUAUUUUUGAUCCUUUUCUCCUAAAAUACAUAAGCCUUAUGUAUUUUUCCUCCGUUUGAUAAAACUUGACAAAGGCGGUGCUAACUUUGGCAACAGAAUAAGUUUUUUGUUUUAUUCAUUGUGAGAUAAUAUCCUUCGGAAGCUCCAGGGGAUCCUACAUAGACAUUAUUGCUGUACUCUAGUGCAUGCGCAAAAGUGCCCCAUUGACAUGGGCUCCUGGCAGAUGAAGUGCCAGGAGCUGAAAAAAGAAAAUGGCAGCACCCACGGGACAGCAUCAGGUAAAUAUAUCUACCCUCCGCUACACCCUCCCCCCCCCUUCCAGGCCAUUGCAAACCAGGCAGCGAUGUCACCAUCAUUACAAACAUCCGUUAUGUGCUGGGCAUGGCAGGCUGGUAUUGUAGCCACUGUAUUGUAAUUGGUGUGAGUUCUAAAAAACCUCUGGUUUAGCAACAUCUGUGACGAGUGCCUGGGCUGCAGGCUCCCUAGGGACCAAUGAAAAUUUUAAAUCAUUCAAAGAUGGACUGAUUCCUUAACAGUGGGUUGGCACCCUUACCACCAGCAUGGUGCUCAGCGUGCCUCUUUAAUGUGUCUAUUUUAUCAUGUCUCUUGUUUUCCUAGGUUUUAUUUCUGACUGUGCUCUUGUUUUGUGUUGGUAUAAAGAUGACUUGAUGGAGCAUUGUACUUAGAGCAAAAAGAGGUGCCUGGGAACGGCAGCGGCAUAGCUGGGUAUCUCUCCAUUUAUAGACACAUUUGGUGCAAGUGUUAUUUUAUCUUCUUUGGUUUAUUUGUUAGUAAAACUGUUUGAGUGCUGUGUGUUUGUUUUUUGUAUUCUAUUGUUUUUCUUUUGGCCUAUUUAAUUAGAUAAGAACUUCAAUUAAGUAUAAAAUCAAUAUAUAUAUUUUUAAAACAAAUUUAGGACUCUUCCCCUUAAUUCUUAUUAAAGCAAGGGACUAUUUAGGGACAGGUUAAGGUACGCCGAUGCAAACCCCGAUAAACAAUAGAAACGAGCAACCUUUCAGUAAAAACCACAAAAAAAUCUCAGGUCUUCCCCGGCAACAUUAGGCCUGUUGGCAAGUAUUGUUUCUGAUUAUUCAGUACAGUACCUUCGAUGGACAGCAGUAAACCUUGUGUCAGACUUGCUCUAGAACAGCUUUUUUUUGGGGUGGGGGAGGGCAAUAUGGGGGCAUGGCAAAAUCCAUUCAUCUGACUCUUUGCAAAAAAAAGUAGGAUCUUUUGUUUUUACUAUUUGUUCUUUAGUUUGCAUUUUUAUAUUUUGAGUGUCAAUGUGGUUAGCCCGCAGGAAACCAAACCCUCUCAGAUUUUUUUCAUGCUUGCUAAUAAAUGCAGAAUAAGAUUAAAUCAAUUUAGUGGUAUUUGGAAUUCAGUGUGUCAUGUCCCCCUACCUUCAGAUUCUUUCCUGUGCUCACUUGGAAUCAAAACUCAGCUCUCCCAUGCUGUGUUACAAAGUUACAGGACCUCAGAGUCCUAGUGGGAGAAUGCACAGGGAUCUGUCAGGAAUGGGUCAAAGGAAAUUGGUCCAACAAAAGAAAAUGAGCUUAGUGAGGAAGUAGCCACCUGAUUCCAGACGUGCAGGGCGGCCUCCAGACUGUCCCAGGGAAAGUCGGUCUCCAAGGACCACACAGAAAUAAUUAGUCUCAUCCUAACCUAGGACAUCACUUUUACUGCUGUAGAUCCUCCCGCAGCAGGCCAAACUCUUGGAUUUCUGAACUUCCCUCUAAAAGCCAAUUAAAUAACAUGAACAGGCUUCCCGGGCAUACACCAGGCUUAUUUAUGGCGUGGCAAGGGCAUUAACUGUAUCGGUACAUACUACAAACAACCCUUUUUAAAAUUCUUUAUUUAUUCAAAGAGGCAGCAAAGAACAUGAGUAGCAUAUUCAACUUGGACUUUUGUGUCCCUUUAUUUUACAGAAUUAAUAGAUUACAAAAUAAUUAAUAUUUCCAGCUUCCAACUACAUAACAGUAAACAUUGUAGUUGUCUUAGGCUGACUUGGAAUCUACCCCUCACCUCAGACCAGGUAACUCUCCCACCCCUCACCUCAGACUGGGUAUUCCCCCCACCCCUCAGCUCUGACCAGGUAACUCUCCCACCCCUCACCUCAGACUGGGUAUUCCCCCCACCCCUCAGCUCAGACCAGGUAACUCUCCCACGCCUCACUUCAGACCAGGUAACUCUCCCACCCCUCACCUCAGACUGGGUAUUCUCCCCCACCCCUCACCUCAGACCGUGUAAUCCUCCCACCCCUUACCUUAGACUUGGUAAUCCUCCGAGGGCGACUUCAUCUUCUGAUAUUUAUUCACAGAAUUGUGGACAAUAGCUUAAGCUUAUCCAUCACAUACUUAAUCCUUUUGAAUGCAAACAGUAAAUAAAUUCUGGCACAAAACAUUUUGGAGGCGCACAUCUGAAUGUGAGAGUAUCCAGUUUCGUUGUUUGAUAAAUCUCCACCAUUGUGAUAUGUUUAAAGUGUUCUAUCCUAAAAAGUGGUGCAAAAACGGAAUAGGUCUGCUGGUCCCCCUGGUGAUUGCUCCACUUCUUGUAUUUUAGGCCAUAUUUUUGAAGCUAGCACUUUAAUGGCUGUUGUUGCAUCAGAGAACUAAUAAUUAUGUGGAGUGCUCAGUUUAGUCUGAUCUGUCUGCUCUGUAUUUCUAUAUACUGCAUUCUCAAAAUGUACGACUGACAUCCGUUAUCGUAUGGUAAGAUCUAAGCUUUAUUUCCAGUUUGGAGGAUGGGUUUUCGAUAUGUAAAUCCAAUGAGAGAUUAGGAUCCAACCUUAUAGUGGUAUAUAUGGAACUGAACUAAGAAUAUAUAGGUAAAGGUAAUAGAUACUCCCUUAUUUGCUAUCCGUAUGUGGGAAUGCCAUAUUAAAUUAUACGAAAUUAGGGAGCUAUCUAUGAAACACACAUUUUCAUGCAAACAUACAAUCACGGACAUACACGCAUCAGACCGACACACACAAUCACAGGCAUACACACACACACAUCCACAGACAUGCGUACACUUAUAACCAUAGACAAGAGCACACACUGACAUUGGCACAUAAUCACAGACACAUACACAGUCACACACAUAAUCACAGACCUACGCACAUAGUCAUAGACACACAAUCAUAGACACAUUCAUACACACAGACACAUCUUUAUUAUUUAUUUUAAGAUCUGCCCAGCCUCACCACCUUUCUCUGCAGUGCUGGAGUGGAUCCUGUUGGCCAGUGGUUGCUACUGUGCUCUCCCUUCACAGGUCACAUGUGCGCCCUCUAGUGUUGCUGAUGCUGGGAUGACUUCAUACCCGAGUUAACAGCACAUUGCAGGGUGCAUUAGGGAGCUGUGCAGGGAGAGCAUAGUAUGUACAGAGCUCCCUUGCCGCCUGCACUCCACCUCCAAACACCAGUAUAUUUUGGAAAAGUAGGCACAUGCUGUGUGGGAAGGCAAGUGCCUACCCUGCUGCCAAGUACAGUUAGUAGCCUAUAGUGCCCCCUCCCAGCACUGGUGCUAUAGGCGGAGGGCACGCAAGGGUGCAGUAAAUAAUCUAGGGGCAAUUCCUUAGCUAUAACAGCAGCAAUUCAUUAGCCACAGCAGCAGAGAGUAGCUGGGGCUGCUGGCAUCCAUGGACCCUCAUUCAGUGUUAAACUAUUCAAGAACCAUGAAACGGUGUCAGGGGUCUUCAGGCACCAUAAACACUCCUAUGAGAUAAAGGGGUUAUGUAGCCUAAACUGUGCCAUUUAUAAAUAAUAUUGUGACCUCUACAAUGUCCAAUUCUUGGUCAGCUUUUGUGAGAAAUUGUGGCAAAUGGGUUAGCACUAAAUUCUAUUACUUUACACUAUCCUUUAUUGCCCAGAUCCUGAUAUUAAACUAAAUCUCUGAUUAGAAUUUUACAUUUAAAUUAAAAGAAAUCUACAACUCCCUUAUAGUGCUAUAUGUUUGUAUGUGUGUUUAAUGAGCGCUUGUUGCUCGGUAUCAGAUGAGGUGAUACAGGGCUAGCGGUUUAACUGCUGGUUAAUAUGCGAUGCCCAGGAUAAACCAGAUCAAAUGGAAAACGCUGAAUAUUACACGCACAUAACAGCAAAUCAGUUUAUUUAAAUAACGUACUAUGCUGUAAAUGUGUGAUUCUAACCCUUCUCUUUCUGUCUUUGAAAUGAUGUCCAUGGCGUUAGGGUGACGGCCAAUUCUUGGGUUAUAUCAUUACUUCAGUGACUCAUACAUGAUAAAAUCACUUUCUAUAGACUUUUCAUAAUUUUCUCUGCCCUGAGCAAUGCAGCGUGGUUACUGUAAAUAACGGAUUUGGGGCAGUUCUCUUCCCCCAGCGAGGACACCUAUUUUGGUUGUUACCCAGGAUUUCAUAACCAUAACCACUGCUGUAAACAGUUCAUACAGGUUUAAAUUACACUAUUGGCUGACUGAGCAUCAUGUGAAUUGGAGUUCAGACAUAUCUAAAAGUCCACACUUACCAGCAUUGCCAAUGCCAUAACUCCUAACAUUUUAAAUGAACACAGGGGGACACAUUCAUUUUAGAGAUGUGCGUGGGGGUGUUUACAUGGACAGGGCUGUUCAAAAUGUGAGUGGGGGUGUGGUCAGGGGGAGCUGUUCUGAGUGCGAGUGGGGUAUGGCCAGGGGCGGGGCUGUUCUGAGUGUGAGUGGGUGUGUGGCCAGGGUCAGUGCUGUUCUGAGUGCGAGUGGGGUAUGGCCAGGGGUGGGGCUGUUGUGAGUGGGUGUGUGGCCAGGGUCAGGGCUGUUCUGAGUGCGAGUGGGGUAGGCCAGGGGCGGGGCUGUUGUGAGUGUGUGGCCAGGGUCAGGGCUGUUCUGAGUGUGAGUGGGUGUGUGGCCAGGGUCAGGGCUGUUCUGAGUGUGAGUGGGUGUGUGGCCAGGGUCAGGGCUGUUCUGAGUGUGAGUGGGGUAUGGCCAGGGGCUGGGCUGUUCUGAGUGUGAGUGGGGGUGGGGCCAAAGGUAGGGCUGUUCUGAGAAAUUUUAUGUGACUUAUUAAUAACAACUUAUACAACUAAAAUAUAAUUUAUAACAAGAACAAUGUAUCUUAUUUACACAGACUGAUUUCUAAACACAUUUAUAGUAGUUUAGACACAUUACUGAGUACUAUUGCUGCUGAACUCUCAGGCACACCAACAAUGUGAAGCUCAUAGAAAAGAGGGAUACUAGGAUAGAAAAGAGGGACAGAUAGAUUAGGGCCCGAAAUAGGGACUGUUCCUCCUAAAUAGGGACACUUGGAAGGUAAGCAUUGUGUUCCAGUCGAAUAGUCAAAGUUGAACUGUUUGUGUCUGUAGAACCCAUUGGACAUUACUUUCUUAGUAAAUCAUGUAGAAAGCGUCCCAUUCUUGUUCUGGUAACAGUAUGGUUAACACUCCUCUUUUAUCUGCCAAUAUAGCUGUCUUUGUGUUGUUGGAGGCUUGGUAGCCAGCGGUACUCACUCCAGGGAUGAGUAAUCUCAGGAGUGUGUGGGAAUGGGGUGCCUGUGCGGUUUUCUCACAUUCCUGAUGGAUGCUGUGUGAGACAGGCUCUCACCUCUGGAUUCUGCAGCUGUCCUGCACUGGGAGGAAAUUAGAUUACUUGUAGCCACAAUCCUGUACACGUCGGCAGUUUAGAGACCUUAAUUCAGUUCACUUUACUGAAUAAAAAAACGUGUUUAUGUUGGAGAAGUACAUUGUAAAUUUUCAUAUACAGAUAAAUAUGUGUAUAUUAAACUGCCACCAGACUGUGUGUGUAUAUAUAUAUUAUAUUUUUUAAAUAUGCCGUCUGUAUUGCUAUGGGGAGAGACAUGCUUAUGUGCUUAUCUCAGUAAGUGUUUUUCCAUGAAAUGACUGCUUUUUAGAAUUCCAGUGCCCAUCCCUGUAACUCACUCUAAAUGCAUUCAGCGUGGUUUAUUUCCAUUGGGAACUGUCCCUUGCAUUCACCGUUGAUGACCUGCUCUGUUUUCUUUUAAAUGUAUAUUAAAGAUUUAGCAAAUUACAUCAUAAUCCAGUUCAGACAAGGCAAAGCCAGGGCACACAGUGCAAAUGAAGAGAAGUAUAAACAUCAAUUCAUCCCUCUUAUCCUCAUAAUAAUUUCACUAUUAUUACCAGGGGCGUUGCUAGGGGGAUUAAAUACUCUGUGCUUCAGCCUAAAAACCUACCUGUUACCUUAGUCUCACCCAAUCUCCACCCAAUGCCCCCCUUCUAGAUCUGAUAUAAACAAAGUAUCUAUAUUUAAUGGUAAAGUAAAGGGCACACAAUGAAGCACAUGCUCUUACAGGCUCACACAGUUACACACACACACACACACACACACAAGAUGUUACAAAUACAAACACGCACAUUGUUAUAUAUACAAAAUAUCUCUUCUCCUCGGAUCUCUCCCCUGCCGUCCUUCAACCUGUCACUGCUUGCCUUUCUCUGACUGGAUGUCGUCCCGCUUUCUGAAACUCAGGCUCUCAGGUAUCCACAUAAGUCCAUCCUUGCAAACGCGCUGUCUUGGCAUCAUACUUAAUUCUGGCCUCACAUCCAGAAUGUUGCCAAAUCCUGUAGAUGCCAUCUUAAAAACAUAGCCCCUUCUUACACAAGAUGCUACCAAGGACCUAGUAAUUUCCCGCAUGGAUUAUUGAAACCCUCUCCUAACUGGUCUUCCCAAAACCCAUAUUUCCUCGCUACAGUCUGUAAUGAAAUGCUGCCGCCAGACUGAUUUUCCUCUCUAGUCGGUCCUCUCACACCUCACCCCUCUGUCAGUCCUUACAGAGUCCUUCUUGUAUCCUAUAGGAGUCAAUUCAAAGUGCUAACACAUACCUAUAAAGCACUGAACAAACCUAGCUCCUCUUAUAUCUCUUCACAGAUCCAAAGGUAUGCCUCUUCUCCUGUCUGUUGCUCGCACCCAUACGGCCAACUCGCGCUUGCAGGACUUCUCUCGGGCUGCCCCCUUCCUAUGGAAUAGCCUGUCUACCACCAUCAGACUCUACCCUAGUCUUCAAUCAUUUAAGAAGUGCCUUAAAACCCAUCUCUUUAGGAAAGCUUAUGGCCUCCCAGACUAACCUCUAACUCACAUACCUGUCUCUUGCUCUCUCCCAUAAGGCAGCACUCUACUCUCUCCUCCAGCUCUGCUUCACUCCCACCUUAUUUGAUUGCUAUUUCAUGUCCUAAUGUGUUUUAUACCCCACCUCCUAUAGAUUGUAAGCUUGUUUGAGCAGGGUCCUCUUGAACUUACCAUUCCUGUAAGUUUUCUUGCAACUGUCCUAUUUAUAGUUAAAUCCCCCCUCUCAUAAUAUAGUAAAGCGCUACGGAAUGUGUUGGCUGCUAGUUACAUAGCUGAAAAGAGACUUGCGUCCAUCAAGUUAAGUCUUCCUCACAUGUUUUGCUGUUGAUCCAAAAGAAGGCAAAAAACCCAGUCUGAAGCGGUUCCAAUUUUGCAACCAACUAGGGAAAAUUCCUUCUUGACCCCAAAAUGGCAGUCAGAUAUCUCCUUGGAUCAAGCAGCUACUACCCCACUAAUUAGAAAUGAUAUCUCUGUGUGUUAUGUUUUUGCAAUUAUUUAUCCUCAUCCAAUUGCUGUUUAAACAUCUGUAUGGAUUCUGAUAAAACCACCUCUUCAGGCAGAAAAUUCCACAUCCUUAUUGUACUGUAAAAAAAAAAACCUUCCCUUUGCUUCAGAGUAAAUCUCCUUUCUUCCAGCCUAAAUGUGUGACCUUGUGUCCUAUGUAUAACCCUGUUUAUAAAUAGAUUUCCAGAUAAUGGUUUGUACUGGCCCGAAUAUAUUUGUAUAAUGUUAUCAUAUCUCGUCUGAGGCGUCGUUUUUUCUAAACUAAAGAGAUUCACAUUUUUUAACCUUUCUUCAUAACUAAAAUGCUCCAUUCCUUUUUUAUCAAUUUUGUAGCUCGUCUCUACACUUUUUCUAGUGCCAUAAUAUUCUAAGUAGCGAGGUGGGGCCUCCAUGGAUCGGAUUUGUUAUUCCAGCACAUCCCACAGUUCCUCAAUCGGACUGAGAUCUCUGGAGUUUUUCAGACCAAUGCAGCAUCUUGAACUCUUUGUCAUAGUCCUUCUCUUUGUGACCUACAACAAUGCUUUAAUGGCAUGGCUCUCCUGAGUUCUGGCUGUUUAGUCUGCUCCUUUCUGCCCUCCCACCUCCCCAUUCAUUUUGCCAUUUAUUGCUGUGAGCCCUGAGUCCCCUGCUCUGGCCAGGCACAGAACAGGAAAGUAAAUUUAGACCAGGGCAUUUCAGGUCCUCUGACUAAUGCCCCUGAUGCAAAGAACAGCACUUAUAACAAUGACUGACAGGGAGCUAAGAUGGGGGCCCCCAGUUGCAGGAUAAAGAGGUGUGGAUUUCUACAUUCAAUUUUAUCUUUCGCAUCUUAUAAAUCCAUAUUUUAAUUAUAGGAUAAGUAAAUAUAAUGUUUAAAAUCCUGGGAAGUGGUUGGGCAGGUUUACGGGAGAGGUAGAGAGAAUCUUCAAAGAGGAGUGAUGUAUAGGAUUAUUUAGAUCCAAGGAGGACAAGUCCUCUAAGAAUAAAGACAGAACUGGGGACACACCCAGAAGAUGAAUUUCUCAGCAGUGGUGCUUAGAGACCAAAAUUUAUACAAAAUACAGAUUAAAGAACAUCACACACACUAAAAUGUUUUAAAAUGUUACAAGGUUACUUAAAAUCACCUAUCUCCGCAAAUAUAUGUGGCCAUAUAAUGCUAAGCCCACACUUAACCACAAUACCCCAAUAUCGGUGGGUCCUACAAUAAUUUCAACGUGGAAGAUAAACUAAAUAGUACUAGUGCUAAAUAAACUGAAGUGUAUUUUAAUAACCUGCUGUAAAAGCAUUGUGAAUAUAUAUAUAUAUAUAUAAUGCAAAAUUUUUGUGAUAAACAGUUCAAAACAAUUGGCAGACAGAGAGAACUGCACAAAGAUAGUAUAUUGUUCAGAGGGCAAACAUGGACAAAAUGUUAACGAUCUUUGGAACUAGUUUAAUUCAGGGUGGAUCAGAGGCAAAUCCUGACACACGGGAUGAGGUUACAUUUAAUUGGGAUCAGUGGCAUUUCUAAAUACAAAUCAAUCUGUGGAUGUUGAUAACAACAUUUUAAUACUGACUUGGAGUGUCUCACUUUGAAAACACACAAACCAGUCAGGAAGUGGAGGUCAGUUGGUAAAAAUAUGGUCUGGGAUGGAUCCCAAAUCAUUUUAAAUAUACUUUCAACACAACAGACUAGAGGUAGCCGUUUUUAUGCUGUGUUAAUUGCAUUGGAACUUUAAUAAAAUUGCAACACUGUCUUUAUGAGCAUUUCAUAAAAUAAUGUAUUUAUGAAAUAUUUUAAGGGUAUGACAGAGCCGUUUUAAGGUGACAGGUCUACUUUGAAUACACAGUCGGCAGUAAGUGGGAUGGUACCGCUAUAACCAGCCAGAUUAAACUGUGACUCUUGGCAAUGGUGCCCUUUAUUACUAGAUACGUGUACAUUCCCCACUGGCACUCACCUGGUUAAUUCAUCUUCCACAAGAAAAUAAUUGGAUCAAAUGGCAACUGUGUGUUUCCGCUUCCUGGGUGUAAGCAUUCAAAUGCCUGCCGGGUGUAUCUGUCGUUGCAAAACAGCUUCUUGCCCUCCUUCACCAUUGUGCAUGGAUGACUAAGGACUGAGACAGUAACCACAGGCCGUGUGCAUGUGCCAGGGAAUCUGAUCAUCAUUCCACAUUCCAACAUGUGAUUUUAUUUCUGUAUCUUGAUGCAGCUGUGAGACACAGUUGCCAACUCCAGCUGCUUUUGAUAUAAAAAUAACUUUAUUACUUUUAAUGGCCAAUAUUUGUUAAUCAGGGUUAGAAGAUACAAUACAUAGUCUAUUCAAUAAAUUGGCUACUACUAUAGCUACUUAGAAGUGCCUAAAAAAGCAAGUAAGGUGACCGCUCAUUGAGCUUAGUAAUGACAGCAGUAUGCUGCUGUGGCUGUUAGUAAACUUAGGGCUUGUUUCCAAUUAUUUUGAUAACGAUUUCCGACAAGUUAUCAGCUAAAGCAGCUGUCUCUAAUACUGGCUGCAGGGCCGCCACCAGAAAUUUUGGGGCCCCUGACACAGCACAAGGUCUGGACCCCCCCUGACCCUCCUCCUGCCCGGCCCGCCCAUGAGUCCGCCCACAGGACUCCUAACUAGUCCGCUGCAAAUGAUGCAGGACUGAAUGUGGUGUCUAUAGUGGAAGUGAAUUAGAAUGUGUGUAAUGGAUGUAGUGUUUGUGUGUAUUAGAUACUGUUUGUGCAGUGAAUGCAGAGUGUGUGUUUGUGUAGCGGAUGCAGUGUGUGUUUGAGUAGUGGAUGUAGUGUGUGUUUUUGUAGUGGAUGUAGUGUUUGUGUGUACUAGAUGCAAUGUGUUUAGUGUGUGUCAGUGUAAUGGAUGCAUAGGGUGUGUGUGUUAGCAGGGCCGCCAUCAGGGGGUGACAACCAUAACGGUUGUCACUGGCCUGGCGGUCCUGGGGGGGCCCGGACUGCUUUGGCAGUCCCGGGCCCCACAUUCCCUCUCUGCACAUAUAUAUAGCGAUGAUCGCUAUAUAUAUGUGCAGCCGUGGGGCCCAGCAGACUGCAGGAGCACAUUACUGCUCUUCCCUUUCUCUAACUCCCGCAAGACGUGUGGCCAUCAGAGCGUUGCCACGGGUUACCAUGGCAACGUUCCGCGCAUCACGCACUGGAGUUAGAGAGAGGGAAAAGCUGUAAAUAUACUGCUGCAGUCUGCUGGGCCCCCUCUGCAAAUACAGGAAGCUGGGGGGCCCCCAAUGUGCCACCGGACCACCAGGGAUGGAAUCUCCCCCCUCCCUGAACCAGGUAAGAAGCAGGGGGGAAUUUAUUAGAUUUAAAUUAUUACAUUACAUGCAUACACUAGUAAACACACACACACACUCUGCAUUCACUACACUGACACACUGCAUCUAACACACACUCUGCAUUCACUACACUGACACACACUUUGCAUUCAUUACACUAACACACACUCUGCAGUCACAAAACUAACACACUGCAUCCACUAAACUGACACACACUCUGCAUUCACUACAAUAACAUACACUCUGCAUUAACACAGCAUCCACUACACAAACAUCCUGUAUUCACAGUACCCACACUACAUCCACCACACAUUCAAACACUCUGCAUUCACUAUACAAAGACUAAUACACAGACACUGCAUCCACUAAACACAUUGCAUCUAGUACACACAAACACUACAUCCACUACACAAACACACACUACAUCACUGUACACACACUACAUUAACUACUCAAACACACUCUGCGUUCAUUAUACACACUGCAUCUGCUACACAAACAGUAUCUAAUACACACAAACACUACAUCCAUUACACACAUUCUAAUUCACUUUCACUAUACACACCACAUUCAGUCCUCUAUCAUUGUCAGCGGACUAGGUAGGGGUCCUGUGGGCAGACUCAUGGGUUGGAGGUGGGGGUGCCCAGACCUUGUGCUUUGUCAGGGGCCCCAAAACUUCUGGUGGCAGCCCUGUGUGUUAGUGUAGUGAAUGCAGAGUGUGUGUUAGUGUAAUGAAUGCAGCGUGUGUGUUAGUGUGUGUUAGUGUAAUGAUUGCAGUGUGUAUGUUAGUGUAGUGAAUGCAGUGUGUGUGUUAGUGUAGUGAAUGCAGUGUGUGUGUUAGUGUAGUGAAUGCAGAGUGUGUGUUAAUGUAGUGAAAGCAGUGUGUGUGUUAAUGUAGUGCAUGCAGUGUGUGUGUUAGUGUAAUGAUUGCAGUGUGUGUUAGUGUAAUGAUUGCAGUGUGUGUGUUAGUGUAGUGAAUGCAGAGUGUGUGUUAGUGUAAUGAUUGCAGUUUGUGUGUUAAUGUAGUGAAAGCAGUGUGUGUGUGUUAAUGUAGUGUAUGCAGAGUGUGUGUUAGUGUAAUGAUUGCAGUGUGUGUGUUAGUGUAAUGAUUGCAGUGUGUGUGUUAGUGUAAUGAUUGCAGUGUGUGUUAGUGUAAUGAUUGCAGUGUGUGUGUUAGUGUAAUGAUUGCAGUGUGUGUGUUAGUGUAAUGAUUGCAGUGUGUGUUGGUGUAUGCAGUGUGUGUGUUGGUGUAUGCAGUGUGUGUGUUGGUGUAGUGUAUGCAGUGUGUGUGUGUUGGUGUAGUGUAUGCAGUGUGUGUUAGUGUAUGCAGUGUGUGUUAGUGUAUGCAGAGUGUGUGUUAGUGUAAUGAUUGCAGUGUUAGUGUAGUGUAUGCAGAGUGUGUGUUAGUGUAAUGAUUGCAGUGUGUGUUAGUGUAGUGUAUGCAGUGUGUGUGUUAGUGUAGUGUAUGCAGAGUGUGUGUUAGUGUAGUGUAUGCAGAGUGUGUGUCAGUGUAGUGUAUGCAGAGUGUGUGUUAGUGUAAUGAAUGCAGAGUGUAUGUGUGUUAGUGUAUUCAUGCAGUGUAAAUUGAGCAUUCCAAAAAUGUUAUUCCCCCCUCCCUGUUUCUGGCCUGGUUCAGGGAGGGGGGAGAUUCCAUGAUCCCUGGUGGUCCGGUGGCAUUGUGCGGGCCCCCGGCUCCCUAUACUUGCAAAGGUCUCUGUAACUCCCGCGAGCACGGCGUGUUGCCAUGGUAACCCAUGGCAACGCUCUGAUGGCCGCGGGUCUCGCGGGAGUUACAGAGAGGGAAGAGCUUGUAAGUACACUUGCAGUCUGCUGGGCCCCCUCUGUAAGUAUAGGGAGCCGGGGGCCUGCGGCUGCACCUGCACUGCACAUAUAUAUAGUGAUCAUCGCUAUAUAUAUGUGCGAAGAGUAAUUGUGGGGCCCUGGACUGCCGGGCCCGUGACAACCGUCAUGGUUGUCACCCCCUGAUAGCGGCCCUGACUGGCUGCUUCUCUCGCCUUAUUUAAUACUGGUAUUUAUAAAGCGCCAACCCAUUCCGCAGCGCUGUACAAUUAGAGGAGAACAUACAAUAUGCACAGCCCUGCGGUAAGCUGAGAUCUAGCCAUUGAAGCUCUUUUAUACAAAGUACUUAGCUAGAUAGCCCGUGAGCUUACAAUCUAAAAAAAACAAAAAACUAUAGCAUAGUCCCCAACAUUGGCAUGCUGUGACUUAUAUUGUAUCUAAGUAAAAAUUAUGGACUUGAACAGAGGGCACACAAAAAAAUGGAUCUAGUUGCAGUAUACUAGGUGAAAUGGUGUUUGUGGCACAGUAAUAACGGUUUAAUCACUAAUAAUGUGUGAACAAGUGUAAUCAAUACCAUAACUUACUGCGUACACGUGUCUCACAUAUUGAUUGCUAGAAAAUAAAAUAUUGUAUUCUACUCCAUAGAUCCAUUAUUCUAUAACUCAUUUCAGGGUUUUUUCACUGUUAGAGUUCAACGAAGAUAUAGAAUUUUUGUGUUUGAACAAAUUGAUAUGUACAAAUACUGACAUGAAAAAUUGCAGUUAUAUAAUACUUAAAAAUCACUGAUUCUUUUGAUGAAAAAAAAUAUGAAAAACUUGGUAGUGAAGGUCCAUUGUAAAGGUCAAACCUGAGCUCAUAAUGGCUGAACAGUUGAACCAUUGAGACCUUGCAUUGGCCAGAAUUGAUCAAUAUUUGGCGAUUAAUUGGAUGAGAUAAUUGAGUCAGUACUGAACUAAAGGCCUUCAGCAUGUGGUUAGGAGUCUCACUGACCCUAAGACGGACACUUAUUGGGGGAUUGGUAUUGGAGGGAGGACAGCAAAGAUGCACAGGUUUAGAGUGAUAAAGGAGGCUGACACUAAGUUGCAGAAGCAGGAGAGUUAAUUUGUCACAUGACCCGCCAGGAAGGAGAAAUAUCAAUGGAAGAAUGAUUAUUCAGGUGGAAUGGUGUUGGGUUGUCAUGACAUGAAGUAAAGAGUGCAACGAUAAGGUGAAAAAGAGAUAAAUCAUGGGAAAUUAUCAGGGAAUUCUGAAAUAGUGGUGGAGAUAUCGUGCAGAAUUAUUAGAGCACACUGACAUUGGGAUUUUAAACUAUGAGAUCAUUGGUAACAUGUUACCAUUCCAUGGAGUGACAAGUUUAAACCAAACUCCAAUCAGUAAGGUUAUCUGUGUAGGCAGGCACUCUAAGCAGUGGAGAGGAGAGAGAGAGUCUGACAGAGAGCUUGGCUUCACCGUAAUGAUUUCUGAAUAUUUAACAUGUAAACAUCCAACCAGUAAUGUAUAAAAAUGUUUUUAUUAUUUUCUGAUAUUCAAAGAUCUCCCUUCACAGCCAAAUCCAGCCGUGAUACCAAACCCAACCCUGUGAUCUACGAACGGAGGCCCUGAAUCAUUCGCACAUUAAUAUCACACAUAGAAUAUACCAUCCUGCUGUCCUGGCCUUAUCUCCGUGCUGGAGAGCUGUGACUGCAUCAUUGAUCAGACCGAUGACUGCUUGAUGAGUGUUGUAUCUUGUCCCAGGGACAUCUUGUAGUCAUAAAGGAAUUCAGAAUUACAUCAACACUCAAAUAGAUCAGUAAAUGCAGUUAGUUUAUCAUUUCCUUUAGGCUAAAAAUAUGAGUUGGAAAUAUCACUAUAGUACAACAUUUUGAUGGUUAUUUUGGUGGUUAAGAGAAAUACGCAGUAUGAAUUAAGCUGUUUAUUGCAAACAAUGAAUUUAGGUGUGUGCAACACAUGUCAUUAGGGUGUAAACUCAGUUGUUGUUUUUUUCCCUGAAAAUCUUGUCAAAAUUAAUAUUUAUUUUUAUUCAUCAGAGAAACACAAAGAAUGUAAACUGUUUUCAAAUAUAUGUACAAUAUAUAAACGUAAUAAAUGAUGCACAAAAUGACACUUUUUUUUUCCUCUAGUGAUAAUCUGGUGCAUACAGUUGUGACAAACUCCCCUUCCCAUGUGAGUUUGCCACGAGCUCCUGGAGGAGCCUGCUUGCCAGCCUCCUGCCCACAUCAUAUGGGCCCUGUUAUAUGCACAAUAAAAGUCUGCAUUCGUGUAUUUGGAUUAUAUGGUUCAGGAACCGAACAGCUGCACGAAUUGGAUACCACCGGGAGCUUGUUAAGCCUAAUUGAUACUUUGUAUCUCCUCUGUAGACCUAUCUGUGUCUUUCAUGUCUGUGUCCCCUUUCAGGUUUUGGACCAGUAACUUGGCGAUAGCCUUUCCAUUGAGGCUGCCACAGCCGUGUUAAUCAUCGACUGGAAGUCGGGUGGGGGUGGUUGCGGUGAUUCGCUCAUAUUGUGGUAGUUAGGUCUCUCUGUCUGUGGAAGACAGGAUAGGUUCAGGUACAGAAGUACGUGAAUAAUAAUACAGUGGGCUUCCACUUACGACCGGGGUUCACCCAGUGUCGCCAAAUAGACACAAGCACUUGGUUGGUAGAUAUAUAUCUGUAUAUUAUAUAUGUGUAUACAUAUAUAUGGGCUAGGGAGGGGGUCACCCUCUGUGAGACCGGGAUGAGCAGUCGUGUAAUCGGGACUCAGCCCGUCCAGGGCGUGGAGCCCUUAUUAUGAUUUGGGGGUCACCCAAUAAGUAUAGCCCAGUGGAGCCUUAGUGAAGUACUCUCUGCCUCCUUGGUGAUUAGGAGUUGUUUUACGGGUCACCCCAGUCGUAGUGUGGAGGGUGCCGUAUUAUGUAUGUAAAAAUUAUCGUGGUAGGUCAUCCCAUCAGCGAGGGGGGUCACCCCUGAAUUGCUUAUGCCACUGAUUCCAGCGUAAUUCACGUCUGGGAUUCAGCCAGCGUAGGAGGGUCACCCCUGUAAUAGUAAUAAUAGUAGUGAGCGUGGGGGUCACCCCACUAUGAGGGGUCACUUCUGGUAUAAAAACACGCUAUGUGAGUGUGAUAUUAAUAUGUAUAUAUACAGAAUCCCAGUAACCAGUGUACUGUUCAGAGUGACUCAAUUCUUAGUAGCAUGUAUAACUGCAGUAACAUUGAAUCAGGAUAUUGAUGGAGUACGCCACAUAAAGUCUGAAUCAGCAUUAAAAACGAGUACAGCCUGUGAUUAGCCUCAGUGUAUAACAGAGCUCCACAGCAAUAAUACUCCCAGUAAUGUGUCUGUGUGUAUAACAGAGCUCCACAGCAAUAAUACUCCCAGAAAUGUCUGUGUGUAUAACAGAGCUCCACAGUAAUAAUACUCCCAGUAAUGUGUCUGAGUGAAUAACAGAGCUCCACAGUAAUAAUACUCCCAGUAAUGUCUGAGUGUAUAACAGAGCUCCACAGUAAUAAUACUCCCAGUAAUGUGUCUGAGUGUAUAACAGAACUCCACAGUAAUAAUACUCCCAGUAAUGUGUCUGAGUGUGUAACAGAGCUCCACAGCAAUAAUACUCCCAGUAAUGUGUCUGAGUGUAUAACAGAACUCCACAGCAAUAAUACUCCCAGUAAUGUGUCUGAGUGUAUAACAGAGCUCCACAGUAAUAAUACUCCCAGUAAUGUCUGAGUGUAUAACAGAGCUCCACAGUAAUAAUACUCCCAGUAAUGUGUCUGAGUGUAUAAGAGCUCCACAGCAAUAAUACUCCCAGUAAUGUGUCUGAGUGUAUAACAGAGCUCCACAGUAAUAAUAUUCCCAGUAAUGUGUCUUGGUGUAUAACAGAGCUCCGCAGCAAUAAUACUCCCAGUAAUGUGUCUGAGUGUAUAACAGAGCUCCACAGCAAUAAUACUCCCAGUAAUGUAUCUGAGUGUAUAACAGAGCUCCACAGCAAUAAUACUCCCAGUAAUGUGUCUGAGUGUAUAACAGAGCUCCACAGUAAUAAUACUCCCAGUAAUGUGUCUGAGUGUAUAACUUGUCAGUCUACCUAAUCUAGCACGCUGCAGAACUUUAUAAUAAUAGAUAUAUACAUGUACAUAAUAUAUACCAUACAUUGAUAUCCACAAUAAACCCCAAAUUCUGAUAUUUGCAGAUAACCCAUUGUAAAGCGCUGCGGAAUUUGACGGCGCUCUAUAAAUAUAAUAAUAAUAAUAAUAACCUAUGAGCGUGCAUGGAUUUGCCCAGUCUUGAAUUCUGAGCUUGUUCUAUUGUUGUUGCUGAAUGCAGAAGCUUAGGUUUACUUAUUGGCAAAUCCUGGUUUAGCUUGCUUUACUCGCCCUCUUUCACUUCGGGUUAAAGAAUGAUUGGGAAAGGAAUUCGGCCACAUCUUUCUUUCUGUAAAAUGGAUUGUGUAUAAUGAGAGGCAGGGGUUAUCUACAAUCAGUCAUGGCAUUGGAAUGCAGGGGUUAAUAGCCAACACUGACUCUUUAGUGAGUCACCUCUAAAUCAGCCAGGAAGUGGGAAAAGAUCCCAAAGUAUCUGCUUUCUUGAUGGGUCCCAGAGGGAGCUGAGGAAUCCCCAGGCUGAGCCUUACCUUGGUAUGUGUAAAGGGAGGGGACAGACCGUCCAACAUUAUUAUUAUCCCCUAAACGUGUUGUCAAUUGUCCAACUUCCCAUUUCCAAGAUUCCUAACCUAUCCCUCUGAUCUGUGAUUUAAAUUUUUGCCCCAGACAUGUGUAUCCUGUGAGUGGAGAGAGUGUUCGACCCAUCAUUAAAUAACAAUGUGAUUUAACAUCGGCAACAAUACCUUUAUUUAAUAGGUUCAGAUUUCACUUGUGUGUAAAUUAUGCCGUGGAGAACACAAACACAGAGUUUUUCACUAAGGUGAGAAUUCAAAGUGAAUUUAAAAUUUAUGGUCAAUAUAGUCAAAAUGGAAAAAUAUUAAAUAUGCUGCCUUUCACUUUGGCUGCUCUGGCCUUAAAUUGGAAAUUCACUUACUGUAGUGAGUAACCCUGAUAAACUAACGUUCAUGGGUUGGGAAUGGGGGAUCAAAGCUCCAUCAAUUUAUUUUAUGGGAGCUUAUAUCUCCAUCAAUUUAUUUUAUGGGAGCUCAUAUCUCCAUCAAUUUAUUUUAUGGGAGCUCAUAUCUCCAUCAAUUUAUUUUAUGGGGGAUCAAAGCUCCAUCAAUUUAUUUUAUGGGGGAUCAAAGCUCCAUCAAUUUAUUUUAUGGGGGAUCAAAGCUCCAUCAAUUUAUUUUAUGGGGGAUCAAAGCUCCAUCAAUUUAUUUUAUGAGGGAUCACAUCUCCAUCAAUUUAUUUUAUGGGGGAUCAUAUCUCCAUCAAUUUAUUUUAUGGGAGCUCAUAUCUCCAUCAAUUUAUUUUAUGGGGGAUCCUAUCUCCAUCAAUUUAUUUUAUGGGAGCUCAUAUCUCCAUCAAUUUAUUUUAUGGGGGAUCAAAGCUCCAUCAAUUUAUUUUAUGGGGGAUCAAAGCUCCAUCAAUUUAUUUUAUGGGGGAUCAAAGCUCCAUCAAUUUAUUUUAUGGGGGAUCAAAGCUCCAUCAAUUUAUUUUAUGAGGGAUCACAUCUCCAUCAAUUUAUUUUAUGGGGGAUCCUAUCUCCAUCAAUUUAUUUUAUGGGAGCUCAUAUCUCCAUCAAUUUAUUUUAUGAGGGAUCACAUCUCCAUCAAUUUAUUUUAUGGGGGAUCAAAGCUCCAUCAAUUUAUUUUAUGAGGGAUCACAUCUCCAUCAAUUUAUUUUAUGGGGGAUCCUAUCUCCAUCAAUUUAUUUUAUGGGAGCUCAUAUCUCCAUCAAUUUAUUUUAUGGGGGAUCCUAUCUCCAUCAAUUUAUUUUAUGAGGGAUCACAUCUCCAUCAAUUUAUUUUAUGGGGGAUCCUAUCUCCAUCAAUUUAUUUUAUGGGGGAUCAUAUCUCCAAUUUAUUUUAUGGGGGAUCAAAGCUCCAUCAAUUUAUUUUAUGGGAGCUCAUAUCUCCAUCAAUAUAUUUUAUGGGGGAUCCUAUCUCCAUCAAUUUAUUUUAUGAGGGAUCACAUCUCCAUCAAUUUAUUUUAUGGGGGAUCCUAUCUCCAUCAAUUUAUUUUAUGGGGGAUCAUAUCUCCAAUUUAUUUUAUGGGGGAUCAAAGCUCCAUCAAUUUAUUUUAUGGGAGCCCAUAUCUCCAUCAAUAUAUUUUAUGUGAGGUCAUAUCUCCAUCAAUUUAUUUUAUGGGAGCUUUUAUCUCCAUCAAUUUAUUUUAUGGGGGAUCCUAUCUCCAUCAAUUUAUUUUAUGAGGGAUCACAUCUCCAUCAAUUUAUUUUAUGGGGGAUCCUAUCUCCAUCAAUUUAUUUUAUGGGAGCUCAUAUCUCCAUCAAUUUAUUUUAUGGGAGCUCAUAUCUCCAUCAAUUUAUUUUAUGGGAGCUCAUAUCUCCAUCAAUUUAUUUUAUGGGGGAUCAAAGCUCCAUCAAUUUAUUUUAUGGGGGAUCAAAGCUCCAUCAAUUUAUUUUAUGGGGGAUCAAAGCUCCAUCAAUUUAUUUUAUGGGGGAUCAAAGCUCCAUCAAUUUAUUUUAUGAGGGAUCACAUCUCCAUCAAUUUAUUUUAUGGGGGAUCCUAUCUCCAUCAAUUUAUUUUAUGGGAGCUCAUAUCUCCAUCAAUUUAUUUUAUGAGGGAUCACAUCUCCAUCAAUUUAUUUUAUGGGGGAUCAAAGCUCCAUCAAUUUAUUUUAUGAGGGAUCACAUCUCCAUCAAUUUAUUUUAUGGGGGAUCCUAUCUCCAUCAAUUUAUUUUAUGGGAGCUCAUAUCUCCAUCAAUUUAUUUUAUGGGGGAUCCUAUCUCCAUCAAUUUAUUUUAUGAGGGAUCACAUCUCCAUCAAUUUAUUUUAUGGGGGAUCCUAUCUCCAUCAAUUUAUUUUAUGGGGGAUCAUAUCUCCAAUUUAUUUUAUGGGGGAUCAAAGCUCCAUCAAUUUAUUUUAUGGGAGCUCAUAUCUCCAUCAAUAUAUUUUAUGGGGGAUCCUAUCUCCAUCAAUUUAUUUUAUGAGGGAUCACAUCUCCAUCAAUUUAUUUUAUGGGGGAUCCUAUCUCCAUCAAUUUAUUUUAUGGGGGAUCAUAUCUCCAAUUUAUUUUAUGGGGGAUCAAAGCUCCAUCAAUUUAUUUUAUGGGAGCCCAUAUCUCCAUCAAUAUAUUUUAUGUGAGGUCAUAUCUCCAUCAAUUUAUUUUAUGGGAGCUUUUAUCUCCAUCAAUUUAUUUUAUGGGGGAUCCUAUCUCCAUCAAUUUAUUUUAUGAGGGAUCACAUCUCCAUCAAUUUAUUUUAUGGGGGAUCCUAUCUCCAUCAAUUUAUUUUAUGGGGGAUCAUAUCUCCAAUUUAUUUUAUGGGGGAUCAAAGCUCCAUCAAUUUAUUUUAUGGGGGAUCAUAUCUCCGUUAAUUUAUUUUAUGGGGGAUCAAAUCUCCAAUUUAUUUUAUGGGGGAUCAAAGCUCCAUCAAUUUAUUUUAUGGGAGCUUAUAUCUCCAUCAGUUUAUUUUAUGGGGGAUCAAAUCUCCAAUUUAUUUUAUGGGGGAUCAAAGCUCCAUCAGUUUAUUUUAUGGGAACUUAAAUCUCUAUCAAUUUAUUUUAUGGGGGAUCCUAUCUCUAUCAAUUUAUUUUAUGUCAGUAAUUGAUUUUCUGGUUGGUAACCAUAUGGUGAACGGGUUCAUCCAUAUGUCUUCAGGGGCCGGUCGUGUGCUGCGGCACUUUAAUAGGGACUGGGCCCCUUCUAAUCUGCAGGUAGAGCUGGGAGGAAGUGAGAGACACAGACUCAGACUGAGCCGCACAAGAGGAGGGGACCAGUGGGAGGGCCGGACCGGGAGAGGAUCAAGCCCAUAACUUCUACCAACCACAACCAGCAGACCUAAAAGGUCUGGAUUGUGGCUAAAAUUGUGACCUGUAUGUGUGUAUCAUUGUUUGUGUCUGUGCAUCUGCAUGUGUCAGUGUUUGUAUCUGUAUGUAUGUGUCAUUACUUGUAUCUUUGUGUCUGUAUCUGCAUGUGUGGCAUGUUUGUAUCUGUGUGUUUGUAUCUGCACAUGUUAGUCUGUGUAUCUGUAUGUCUUUAUCUGUGUGUCUGGGUUUCUGCAUGUGUGGCAGUGUUUUGUUUUAUCUGUGUGCCUGUGCAGUGUGGCAGUGUUUGUGUCUGUUAUUGUUGGUAUCUGUGUGUCUGUGUAUCCACAUGUGUGCAAGUGUUUGUAUCUGUGUGUCUGUAUCUGCAUGUGUGUCAGUAUGUGUAUCCGUAUGUCUGUAUCUGUGUGUCUGGGUUUCUGCAUGUGUGGCAGUGUUUGUGUCUGAAUGUCUAUGCAUCUGCAGGUGUGGCAGUGUUUGUAUCUGUGUCUCUCUGUAUCUGCAUGUGUCAGUGUAUGUAUCUAUAUGUCUUUCUUUGUGUCUGGGUAUCCACAUGUGUGGCAGUGUUUGUAUCUGCGUGUCUGAACAUCUGUAUGUGUGUCAGUAUGUGCAUCUACAUUUGUGGCAGGUUGUGUAUCAGUGUGUCUGAUUAACUGCAUGUAUGGCAGUGUUUGUAUCUGUGAAACUGCAUGUGUGGCAGUGUUUGUAUAUUUGUGCCUGUGCAUCUGUAUAUGUGUCAGUGGUUGUUUCUGUGUCAGUGUUUGUAUCUGUGUGAUUUUGUUUUUGUUUGUAUCUGCAUAUCUGUGUUUGUAUCUGUGUGUCUGUGUAUGUUUGUCAUUGUUUCUAAUUGUGUGUCUGUGCAUCCACAUGUGUCAGUGUUUGUAUCUGUGUAUCUGCAUGUGUGUGUAUCUGCAAUAUAUAUAUAUAUAUAUAUACACACAUGCAUAUGACUGGGCAGGUAGAGUUUGGGCUGAGUAAAAGGGGAGAUUGGGCAGGGAAAACAUAUACAUUUGAAAUAACAGCAAGUACAUUCAUUACAAACAUUUUGCUAAUAUGAAGGGUACAAUUUAUAGAAAUGGGCUGCCAAGGGGGGUACUCGAGUAGAAAAUGUUUGGGAACCACUGUCCUGGGAGGCUGGAGGACAAAUGAGAAACAAACCUACUUGGUUUAAACAUGUAGAACCUGUUAAUUUUUAUUUUUAUUUAUAAUGUUUACAUAACUGUCUGUCUCUAGCUCCCAAACACUUAUCUGACCAUUUGCUGCCACUACACAGUUGUUUUGGUUUAAAAAAAAAAAAAAAAGACAGAGAGAGAGAAAAAUCACUUUUUAUUAUUGAAUGAUUCCCUAUUGUAAACAAUAGAUUUUUAGGCAAAAAGUUUUGGAUGGCUUAAGUAAAAAUGCAUUUUAAGAUUAGUUAAUGGAAUAAAUCAUAGCAGCACUAGAUUUUUUUUUCUAAUUUCUUUUCUGAUCACGGCGUGUUUCUUUUAAAAUAACCUUGUCACGCUUUGAUCUGCAGGCUGCUUAAAGAGCUUACAGCCGUCUGCGCUCACCUUUUCAAUUCUGUGCGGUCUGGGGGCCUGUUAUGGUUGAUGAAUAGCUUGAGAAAAGUGCACCUUGAAUUUAACAGGCUGCUAAUUAAUACAUCAGAAAUGCCUGCUAAAGUCGCUUUAUUUCAGAUUUAUUAGCUAUGAUCUAGUUAUCGGUUGACAAAGAGGAUAAAUAGAGGAAAUGGUUUCCAAACAAAAGCCCGUAUCACACAAAGUUAUUGGAGGAGCAGCUUAGUGCUUGGGCCAGAGACCGUUCAGCUAUGUCAGCGCUAUAAUUUAUACAUAGUACGGAUACUCAUUUCGUGUAUGUGUGUGCGCGUAAAUGAGUAUCACACACACACGCACGCGAGUGAGGCUUCAUAAUGAACUAAAACAAAGGCUCCAGAGGAUGGAGCCAUUAAUAGACUAAGGGUGAUGAAGUUGUUAUGGUGCCCAAAGUGUCCAUUUAAGCUAUCACAUAAAUGUACAACAUGAUGAUAAUUUGAAUUGUGGAGAUCACUAUAAUCGGCACAUGUAACAAUGAUAUUUGCCUCAGUUUAAAAAAAUCAAACACUAAUUCCAUUCAUCAACGUUCCUGAGACAUUAUCAGACUGCUCAGCCUGCGGCCUUGGGAUUCAUUGUAACAUCUUCAGAUUGAUGGCAUUAUUUCUCAUCAUAAUCCAUAUAUAGAGAGGAUACACAUACUUACUAAUAAAUAUAUUUACUGGCAUGAUAAGAAAAAAAGUAAAAAAUGGAAAUAACUUUUAAUUGCUCAUUAUUUUUCCCUUGAGUGUAAUGGAUUUUUGUGGGUCAGAAAAAUGGAAGAAUUAUUGAAGUGUACUGUUAACGUUAUUUGGUUAUUGUUAGCUAUAUAUAGAUAAUAGACAAAAAUAGCUUUAAAGCCUUUCCUCUAUAUUUCUCUGAUAAAUAUUUGAUUGUAAUAGUUCUUUUUCCACACUGACUGUGCAUGAUGCGUUUUACUGAGAAAUUAGGAGAUGUGAUGGUAUUAUUCCACUGUGUAAGCUGAACACGGAUGGAUGGACUUUUUAACACAGAGUAGCUUUAAUUUGAUAGCGUCACACUGACUACCACUAUUUCCGUGUCAGUGUCUGCCUAUCUUCUCUUUGUUACACGUUUCCGAUUCUUCCUUUUUUUGUAGUAAUGUGCACAUAACAUGUAAUAUGACCCGUUGCCUAUUGCAGGUUUGGCCGAGCGUAUUUAUUGUUUAUAGAGUGCGAUUCUUUACAAUCUGUUUAAUUAUAUUAUUCAUUAAUUAGACAUGUUUCUUUGUUAUGAAAGUUUAAAUUGUUAUAAAUAUGUACCUAAUAAGAAUUAUAUUUUUAAAAGUUUUUUUUACCAGGUUAAAAACCCUUUUUAGUGUUUUUUGAAUAGCAUACUGUGAGCAGUUGAAAUAUAUAUGUAAAAGCUAUGGGACUUUUAUGUUAUGUAUUUAUUCUUAAUGGAAGCAAUGUAUUUUUAGAUAAAAAUGAUAAUGAUACUGUGUUGUGAUCUAGAUGAUUUCCAAUUAGGACUCAAAUCCUAGACAGUCAUUAGAAAACACACAGAUGAGAUAAACUUGUAAAACUCUCUCAAAAUUGUAUAACAGACAUGUUGCACCAUAACCUCUAAAAGCAGCCGUACUCAUUAAACAUCGUUUUCCUGGCUCUACAGGGUUUUUGGGUCCCCCACCACCCUCAGGGUCCCACUCCUGAAGGGGUUAAACUCUUACCUUCAGCCCGGGGUUAAACUCCUCCCUCUUCCGACGUUAUCCGCUGAAUGCACAUGCACGGCAAGAGCCGCGCGCGCAUUCAAUCAGUCCAUAGGAAAGCAUUUCUCAAUGCUUUCCUAUGGACGGCAGCGCCUUAUCACUGUGAGACGCGCGGAAGCGGCUCUAGUGGCUGUCAAUGAGACUAGAGGCUGGAUUAACCCUAGUGUAAACAUAGCAGUUUCUCUGAUAUCAUUUAUUGUAAAAGCCUGGUAAAAUGUAUAAAUCUAGAUGGAUGUGUAGAUAAAGGUAUUUUUUUUUAAUCCGGUUUUAUAUAGCACUUUUAUCCAGAACACGGAGAGGCCAUAAACUACACGUUUCGUGAAGCUAUCUUCCAUCUGUUUGUAACAAUCUGUUUAAAGUUUGACAAGCUUGUUAUUAGGUCACAUUAUUGCUUUCAAUCAUGUCACUCAGACUGUCUUUUUCUUGAUUGCACCAAUUUCACAAUCAUGAACACAAUAUUUUGCAGAUAUUACAUGAUCUAUUUGCUCCAAUUUAACACCCAGAGUGUGAUUCAGUCGUGUUUAUUUAACUUCUUAAAUCAUUGUCGUACAGUCUCUGUACCGACACGCAGAGCAGCACUUAGCCUGAGAUAAAUGAUUGGCUAUUUCGGUCCCAUUAACGUGAUGUUUGACUGCAAAUACUACAAAUGGAUCCUCCUGUGGACCAUAUAGCCCUAAGUGUUAUCGAUUGAAAGCACUUUAUUUUGGGAUAGUGACAGGACAAUAACACAGCAUGGAUUACAAUAGUACAAUCCUACUUUAAAAAAUACUUUCCAUCAGUCUUAAACUAUUCGACCAAAAUAGAUGGUAAUCAAAAGCUGAGCGGCAUAUCCAAGUCCCAUCUACAACAUAUAAAUAGCCAUAGACCAGCCCAUGUGGCAGCCUAUGCAUUUAUCGGUAAAUGGCUCUAAUCCUGCCAAAAGGAAACGUCUUGAAACAAAAGAGAGCAAGGGGCAUCUGACUGCUGGGAGGCGACAGGGAAAAGUCUGCUCGUAAAAGUGAAAAGAAUAUUAAUAAAUGGCUUUCAAAGUCUAGACAACAACAAAAAAAAAUAUUACAUGUCUGUUUAAAAAAAAUCUAAAUUGCUGUAAUUGUCUUAAAGAAAAACUGUCACUUUAUUUCUUUAUUUUUGUUAAAAGUUUUAUGCCCUUACUUUCAGUGUAUGCAGCUUUUCUUUAGUCAUUCCUUCUGCCUUUUUUUUUUUUUUACUUAUGUUCCCCCUUUCCCCUGAUUUGAGAUCGGAAUCAACCGUCAUGCAAACCAAGAAAACUUUCACCUACCUUGCUGCUGCUAGUUAAAGGAACACUAUUAGAAAUGCAAACCUGUAUUUGUAAUGCUAUUGUGCCCCUGUGACCUAGUAAUAUUCUGCCUCCAAUUCUGAGGCUUUCUUGGUGCAACUCACGUAUCCGCCUCCCAUGACAUCAUUGGCUAGGCGUGACCACCUCCGGCGAUGGUCCAAUCACAUGCUCCUUAUAAAGGAGGAGCCUCUAGUGGCUGUCAGUAUGACAGUUACUGGAGGCGUGUUUAACCCUUCAAUGUAUCAUUGCCCUUUCUACAAAUCAGCAAUGUUUUACCUUGUGUGGUUAAACAUGCCUGACCACUGCACAUAGACGACUUGAUUUACAUAGUCUGGCUUACUGCAGUGUCCUUUUAACAGUUGUGAGUAGUACGGGCUCAGCAGAGAGGAAACAUGAAACUAUGAAGACUUGAUUGCACUAUUACUAUGUGAUCGAGCAGCAUCUAUUGCAGGUCAGAGUGAAUUUGGGUCAGUUAAAAACAGAUUCUGACUCAAGAUCUUCCAAAAUGGCUGUGCAGGCAAAGGGAAAGAUUACGUAGGUAAAUAAUAAUAAAUUUUUUUUAUAGAAACUAAAUUUAAAAAAUGCAUAGAAUUAAAAUAAGUGCAUAACAUAAAAUAUGAAAAGAAUGAUAUUACACAUUAUUCCCACCCUGGCCACAUGCGAUUCAAUGCUCGUUUCUUUAUAAUCAUUGAAAUCAUUUUGUCUAUUCUAUGUUCAUACUAACUGUUACACUUUAUAUAUAACGUUUAUAAGUAAUAUAUAAUGGUACUGACUGUAUACCUGGAGAGCUAGCCUCUUCCCGUCUACUAUAAUCCUAUUACACCUAUAAUCCUUCUUACUGUACAGUUACUGAAAUACAGCAUAUACUGUAAAUAAGUCAGGGCUCGAGUCCUGCAGGCAGGGCUGGUGCAAGGAUUUUUGCCGCCCUAGGCAAAAAAAAAUUUUGCCGCCCCCCCCAUAUGUCCUGCUCACCAUGUGACAUCACAAUGCCCCGCCCAUAUGCUCUGCCAAAUGGGCCAACGCCAGUCUGCACAAAGUGUCUUUUAUCUGAAAAGACAGUGUGUUUACAUUAAAAAGCCUACAGGCACAGGCUAUAGACACCAGAACCACUACAUUAUGCUGCAGUGCUUCUGGUGACUAUAGUAUCCAUUUAAUGUGAGGUAAAUUAGAGAUUAGUACCACUAAUAUAUAUUGGAUUGCUUACUUACCACCAGAUGAGGACAAGAGGCUGAUGAUGGGCUCUGUCUGGCUCCACAUGUCUAGUGUAUAAAAGGCUCUCUGGAGACUGUAACAGUGCUCACAACAAUUAACGAACAGGAAGCAGCUCCAUUUUUUAGGGCCCCUUACACAGCUCAAGGUCUGGGCCCCCAGGGCUUGACCGUGAGUAUGCCCACCCAUAAAUCCAGCUACAUGGCCCACCCAUGAGUUCUCUCACAGGAAGUGGAGUGUAUGUGUGUAGGGGAUGUGUGUGUGUGUUCUUAUAGAAUGUAGUGUAUAGGGAUACCAAUUUCUGUAAGGGAUGUAGUGUGUGUAUAGUGAAUGCAGUGUAUGUUUCUGGGUGUGUGUAUGUAAGGGGUGCAAGGUGUGUUUCUGUGUAUUUAAUUGAAUGCAGUGUGUGUCUGUAAGGGGUGCAUUGAUUGUGUAAGAGAUGCAUUUUGUUUCUGUGUGUAAGAGAAUGAGUGUUUGUGUGAACGUAAGGGAUGCAUUGUGUGUUUCGGGUGUGUCUGUGUAUGAGUAGGAAUGCAUUGUAUGUUUCUGUGUGUGUGGGGGGGGGAUGCAUUGUGUAUGUGUGUAGUGUAAAAGAGAAGGUUUGUGGGGUAGGAUAGGGACUGAGAGGGGAGCAAUUCUUUAUUUUUUAUUUUUUUCAUAGUGCUCUCCCCUCCUGUCAUUUAUUGAUUUCCCCUUCCCUCCUGUCCCUCCGUGUUCUCUCCUUCUGUCCCUUAGUGCUCUCCCUUAGCCCCCUGUGAUCCCCCCUUGGUGGUCUUCUCACUCCCCUCUCUCCCCCUUAGUGGUCCUCCAUCCCUCCCCUUAGUGGUACUCCCUCUCCCAAACCCCUUAGUAGACAUUCCCCUCCUCCCCCCCACCCCCUUAGUGGUAAUCUCCUCCCCUCAGUGGUCAUUAUCCUCUUUCUCCCCCCUCAGUGGUCAUUAUCCUCUUUCUCCCUCCCUUAGUGGUCUUUACCCUCCUCCCCUCUCCUUAGUGGUCCUCCCUACUUACCCCCCUUUGGUGGUCCUCCCUCUCCCAAACCCCUUAGUGGACCAGCCCCCUCCUCCCUCAGUGGCCCUUACUACCCACCCCCCCUCCCCCUGUGUUCCUUCACCCCCCUUCCCCAGUGGCCCUAACUCCCCCCCUUCCUCCCCCACUGGUUAUUACUCCCCAUCCCUCUCCUCCCCCAGUGGUCCUUACUCUCCUCCCCCAGUGGUCCUUUCAUCCCCAGUGGUCCUUUCCCCCCCUCAUCCCCCAGUGGUCCUUUCCCUCAUCCCCAGUGUCCCCUCAUCCCAGUGGUCCCAUCCCCCAGUGGUCCUUCCCCAUAUCCCCAGUGGUCCUUCCCCCAUAUCCCCCAGUGGUCCUUCUUCCCCAUAUCCCCAGUGGUCUCCCCUCUUCCAGUGGUCCUUCUCCCUUCCAGUGGUCCUUCUCCCAGUGGUUCUCCCCAGUGGUCCUUCUAGUGGGUCCCUAGUGGUCCUUCCCCCAGUGGUCCUUCUCCUCCUCUCCUCCUGUGAUCCUUACCCUCCUCUUCCCUCCUGUUUAUGUAGUGUGGCCGGGCGGCGCGGAACGCGGGACAGGAACUUCUGUUUCCUGUACCCGGCCUCCGGCGGUCUGAAGGGAAGUGCUCACUUCCUGUCAAUCCACCGGCAGCUGGGUACAGGAAACAGAGGUCACGCUACAUUGAGAGACCGGAAGGAGGGAGCGCUCUGCGCUUCCCUCCUGCCGGUCACUCAAAUCCGGCCGCUCUCCACAGCAGUGCUGCGCCGCCUAAAGAUUUCUAAAACGCUCAGGCGGCGCAGCAUGAGGAGCCGCCAGGCGCUGGGAUCCGGCACCCCCUGCUAAGGUGCGCCCUAGGCGGCUGCCUAGGUCGCCUUACAGGUAGCACCGGCCCUGCCUGCAGGAACGCGUGGGAACGGUGUUCCUGCACUUUUUUUACAGCAGGAACACCGUUCCUGUUGCUCCUGCAGGCACUCAGGGGGCGGCAAAAAAUGAAGUCAUAUUCCAGCUCCGGAAUCAGUAGACAGCCCGCGCGGUGAGAGGGAGCAGAGCAGAGAAAACACAGCUUCCUCGCCGUGUCUGACCGGAAGACAGGCGCCUGCUGCACUGAAGCCCUACUGGACCCCAGGGACAGGUCCACUCCAGCUCUCCAGGUAGGGAGGCUGGGUGGACAUUUUUAAAUUUAAAAAAAUAAUAAUUUGUGUGUCUCUGUGAGUGAGUGUGUGUAUCUGUGAGUGUGUGUGUGUGUGUGUGUGUCUGCGCAAGUGUUUAUGUAUGAGUGUGAGUGUAUGUGACUGAGUGUGUGUGUGUGCACCUGUCAGCGUGUGUGCGCGCACGUGUUUAUAUAUGCAUACGAGUGUAUAUUAUUUUGGGGGGGGGGGGAUCUUGGGUGAGUCACACUUUAUUCCCCAUGGCUUGACCCCUGAUAUAAGUAAUGUAUAUUGUACAUAUACCCUAUAUAAGUCAUGUAUAUAGUACAUAUGCCCUAUAUAAAUAUUGCAUAUAGUACAUAUACCCUAUAUAAGCAAUGUAUAUGCCCUAUAUAAAUAUUGCAUAUAGUACAUAUACCCUAUAUAAGUCAUGUAUAUAGUACAUAUACCCUAUAGAAAUAUUGCAUAUAGUACAUAUACCCUAUAUAAGCAAUGUAUAUGCCCUAUAUAAAUAUUGCAUAUAGUACAUAUACCCUAUAUAAGCAAUGUAUAUGCCCUAUAUAAAUAUUGCAUAUAGUACAUAUACCCUAUAUAAGUCAUGUAUAUAGUACAUAUACCCUAUAGAAAUAUUGCAUAUAGUACAUAUACCCUAUAUAAGCAAUGUAUAUAGUACAUAUACCCUAUAUAUAUAUAUUGCAUAUAGUACAUAUACCCUAUAUAAGUCAUGUAUAUAGUACAUAUACCCUAUAGAAAUAUUGCAUAUAGUACAUAUACCCUAUAUAAGCAAUGUACAUAGUACAUAUACCCUAUAGAAAUAUUGCAUAUAGUACAUAUACCCUAUAUAAGCAAUGUACAUAGUACAUAUACCCUAUAGAAAUAUUGCAUAUAGUACAUAUACCCUAUAUAUUGUAUAUAGUACAUAUACCCUAUAUAAGCAAUGUAUAUAGUAUAUACCCCAUAUAAAUAUUGUAUAUUCUGUCCGUACUCCCACCUCUGAUGCUCGCCUUCAAGAUUUCUCCAGGGCUGCACCGUUCCUGUGGAACUCACUUCCCUCCUCCGUUAGAUGCUCACCCAGUCUCCACUCCUUCAAAAUAUCGUUAAAAACCCACUUCUUCAUAAAAACGUAUCAAUUAAACUGUUAAUAGCUCCCGACUGAUUCCUCUCUUGCAACGGUCAUUAGUUUAAUACUAUCCUUACCUUUUGUGUCAUUUUACCCCACUCCCUCUAACAUGUAAACUCACUGAGCAGGACCCUCAAUCCCUCUGUUACUGUGUCACUAUACCCCACUCCCUCUAACAUGUAAACUCACUGAGCAGGGCCCUCAAUCCCUCUGUUACUGUGUCACUAUACCCCCACUCCCUCUAGCAUUUAAGCUCACUGAGCAGGCCCUCAAUCCCUCUGUUACUGUGACUCCCUCCAUGUAAACUCACUGAGCAUCCCUCUGUUACUGUGUCACUAUACCCCACUCCCUCUAACAUGUAAACUCACUGAGCAUGGCCCUCAAUCCCUCUGUUACUGUGUCACUAUACCCCACUCUCUCUAACAUGUAACCUCACUGAGCAGGUCCUCAAUCCCUCUGUUACUGUGUCACUAUACCCCACUCCCUCUAACAUGUAAACUCACUGAGCAGGCCCUCAAUCCCUCUGUUACUGUGUCACUAUACCCCACUCCCUCUAACAUGUAAACUCACUGAGCAGGGCCCUCAAUCCCUCUGUUACUGUGUCACUAUACCCCACUCCCUCUAACAUGUAAACUCACUGAGCAGGGCCCUCAACCCUCUGUUACUGUGUCACUAUACCCCACUCCCUCUAACAUGUAAACUCACUGAGCAGGCUCUCAAUCCCUCUGUUACUGUGUCACUAUACCCCACUCCCUCUAACAUGUAAACUCACUGAGCAGGGCCCUCAAUCCCUCUGUUAUGUGUCACUAUACCCCAUUCCCUCUAACAUGUAAACCUCACUGGGCAGGGCCCUCAAUCCCUCUGUUACUGUGUCACUAUACCCCACUCCCUCUAACAUGUAAACUCACUGAUCAGGCCCUCAAUCCCUCUGUUACUGUGUCACUAUACCCCACUCCCUCUAACAUGUAAACUCACUGAGCAGGGCCCUCAAUCCCUCUGUUACUGUGUCACUAUACCCCACUCCCUCUAGCAUGUAAACUCACUGAGCAGAACCUCAAUCCCUCUGUUACUGUCACUAUACCCCACUCCCUCUAACAUGUAAGCUCACUGAGCAGGCCCUCAACCCCUCUGUUACUGUCACUAUAUUCCACUCCCUCUAACAUGUAAGCUCAUUGAGCAGGGCCCUCAACCCCUCUGUUCCUGUGUGUCCAACUUGUCUGGUUACAAAUACAUGUCUGUUCGUCCACCCAUUGUAAAGCGCUGCGGAAUAUCGUUGGCGCUAUAUAAAUAAUAACAAUAAUAACAGACGGUAGACGUGGCAAUCUAUCCUCCCACAGCUCUAUUACCACCUUCUUAUUGUAUAGAUUUUAUAGUAACAAAGUAAAUUGUUUUUACCCAUGGAUUGGAUGCUGUCGGCCCAGAAUGCCUAAAUCUAAAUUUAUGGUCACAAUAGCUAAACUGGAGAUCUGUUGUCAGUUUGGCUACUUUGUCGUUAAAUUAGAUUCUCACUUUAGUAAUAAUUGGUUUAUAAAGUGGGAAGAAGGGACAGGGCAGGCAUAGCUUGAGAUUCUGAGCUAUGUGAAAGCAUUGAGGGAAUUGUCUCUAAGAGGUUACCAGUUACCUAAUCUCUGAUUAACUAGCUAAUUGGUGGCCUGCUAACUGGUAGUAACCUACUAACCGACUGUUAGCAGUCAUGGCAAUAAUGGAAAACUCUAGUUUCCGCAGCUUUGCAAUCCAUCCCUUUUUCCCCUGCACCAGUGAAUUGACCAAUCAUAGGCUUCUCAUUGGUGGAACCGCCCAUGGAUCUUUCUAUUCAUUGACGUCUCUAAACAAUGACAGACUGCAGACUCAAAGCACUUUAGCAUGUUGCCUCGUGUCUUGAGUGUUCCUUUAAUUAAUUACUGCAAAUAGAUCCAAAGAACAAGACCAAGCGUACAUCUCCCUGCAUUAGAGCCAAGAGGGUGCCAAAGCUGUCUGCAGUAAUGGUCCUCUGUAAUAUAAUGGCCAGCUGUUCCCGAGCAACAAAACCAGUAGGAUCUGCCCUGUCAAUGAGGUCUUCUCUCACAAAGAGCCAUCCCAAAGAAGGUCUAGAAAGAGCUCUUGCAGACACAGCCCUAAAUGGUAUAGGCUGCAGUGACAUUUGAUUUUAGUUGAUAAGAGGUGUUAUGGAAGUCCUCAGGCAAAAUGUUAAAGGACCACUAUAGUGCCAGGAAAACAUACUCGUUUUCCUGGCACUAUAGUGCCCUGAGGGUGCCCCCACCCUCAGGGACCCCCUCCCGCCCGGCUCUGGAAAGGGGAAAGGGGUUAAAACUUACCUUUUUCCAGCGCUGGGCGGAGAGCUCUCCUCCUUCUCUCCUCCUCCGUUCCUCCCCGCCGGCUGAAUGCGCACGCGCGGCAAGAGCUGCGCGCGCAUUCAGCCCGUCGCAUAGGAAAGCAUUUACAAUGCUUUCCUAUGGACGCUUGCGUGCUCUCACUGUGAAAAUCGCAGUGAGAAGCACGCAAGCGCCUCUAGUGGCUGUCAAUGAGACAGCCACUAGAGGAUUAGGGGGAAGGCUUAACCCAUUCAUAAACAUAGCAGUUUCUCUGAAACUGCUAUGUUUAUUAAAAAAUGGGUUAACCCUAGCUGGACCUGGCACCCAGACAACUUCAUUAAGCUGAAGUGGUCUGGGUGCCUAGAGUGGUCCUUUAAUAUUAUCCGAUUCGUUUCUGUAAGAGAUACUUCUUGACUCUCGCCAGCUAGGGGCACCCAUUCCCCCUGCGGUCUGCAUUGGAAGUCCCACUUUCUCCCUUUUUACCGGAACUGAAAUUUCAGUAAUAAAUCUGUUGCAGGAAUUGUGGCCAGUCGCUACUGUUACAAAUGACUUAUAUAGAGCUUUCCUUUAACAGUGGGAUAUGAAAUAUUCUGUGAAUUACUAGAAUUGCUUCCCUCGUUAUUCUGUGAAGUGUAUUUAACAAUAUUUGUAAUAGUUCAUAGCACAAUGAAGAAACUCCAAAUGGCACAAUAAUGUUAUUUUUCCUAUGCUGUCUGAAUGUUUCCCAUUGGCUAACUGCUAUGUGUAUCCAUUUUCUGAUUGGGCGUUCAUCAACGGUUGUCUUCUAAGUGUGGUAUAGGAUAGUGACCUAUGCGUGCAUGAUUCCCAUUGGAUAUUAUUUGUACCCAUGGGGGUGUGAUGUUGAGUUUGAUUGGAUGUUUCCAGUUAGCAUAUAACUGUACCAUAAUGGUGUGAUCUGAUUGGAUGAUUCCCAUAGACUAUUAUCUAUACCCAUUAUGACAUGAUGUUCUAUUAUUAUCUUUUAGGGAGCUGGGGACUGUUUUGUUGGAGCUCUCGCUUUCUACAUCGCCCAUUAUCCUCAUCUCAGCAUAGAAGAAAUGGUGAAAAGGUCGAACUACAUUGCAUCAGUGAGUGUCCAGUCUCCAGGAACACAGACUUCCUAUCCAUACAGGAAAGACCUUACUCUAGAUCUCUUCCAAUAAAGGAAAUAUAACUAGUCUUAAUGCACAUCAUUUCCACUGUCCCAGUAUCUGCUCUCAAUCAUUUUAUACAAUUCUGUGAAAAACUGGGAAUUAAAACCACAGGAAAAUCCUGGAGAGACAUUACAGCACUCAACCACUUCAAGACACAAUGCCACCACUUAAAGUAGGUUUAAAGUCUAUUAGACAGCAGCCAAAGUGCACUGCAAACAGUGGCAUUGUCUUGAAGCUGCUAGAACCUUUAAUCUUUAAAGAAUGUGAGAACAUUUGUGGACACAUAAGCAAAUGGUUUAAAAAUUAUCUUUAAAAAAUGUGAUUUGUGGAUUGCACACAAGGCUAUAUUUUUCUAAUCUAGCAUUAAUACAAAACAUUCCACAAACUAUCGCCCCUUAUAUAACUAUCCUGCUAUCUCAGCAUAUUACACAGAACUACAGAGAAUUGCAUUUAAGGCUGAAUUUUUACUAAUCAUGUAUUUUGGUCUAAAAAGGCAAUUCCAGUUUGGUAACUUAUAUCACACAAUGGUAUGCAGAUUCCUAUCAUGUGCAUUCAAAAUACGUUUGUAAGAUUCUUGCUGCCUUAAUAAAUCAUUUUUGACUGUUUUUUUGUGGUUGUUAUAUUGAAUUGGAUGGAUUAACAAAGCAUUCUAAUCUAGAGCAAUUUACAGAACUAGCAGUUAAUCG